AUGAAGAGAGGAACAAGCUUGCAUAGCAGACGGGGCAAGGCAGAGCCUCCAAAGGGAAGCCCCCAAAUCAACAGGAAGUCGCUCCAGGAUAUUCAUUCAGGCCGGCCCAGAUCCUCAUCAACUACUGAUGCCCCUACUAAUAUGUCUGUGCUGGAGAUGGCCUCUCCUAUCUGUCUAGCUGGUGAAGAGGUUGCAUCAGCAGAUCGGGUGAGUUCUGUUUAUAGCAAAGUGUAUUUUCUUGUUGGAUGCUGAAGCAUUUCUUUGAAAAAAUCUGAGCAUUGAAUAUAGUAGCAAGGGCAAUAAAUAUGUGUGUGUGUGUGUGUGUGUGUCUAUAUGUAUAUUUCCUUGAAAGCCAUGUACCUGAGUAAAGAAGAACAUAGUAUAAUGUUCUUGCUGCACUGGUAAUAAGAGAAGAUGCAACAGCUUGUUGGCAAUAAAGAACAGUAGAUGCUGACUUACUUUUUUUAUUUUUGGAAGUUGUUUAGCUUGUGGAAGUAGCAGAAUCUCCCAAGCAGACUGCUUUGCACAUAAUAAUUGAUUUUUUUUCUCCAGUAAGUCCAGCAUUGGAUUAAAUUUAAGAUGUAAGGAUCUAUAUGGCCAAGAGGUAAAUGGUAGUAUGCAAUUCCAACUGUGCAAUUUGCUGCUGAGUAUAGUGUUCUUUAUAGUGUGCUUUUUAUUGUAUUUUAUGUUGAAAAAGUUGAAUGACAUUUGAUUGGGGGAAAAAAUGUAUUGAGCCAUAUUGAAGCUUACUGUUUCAUUAGAUAAACUUGGUUCUGGGUAUGAAAUAUUUUGGUCUGCAGAAUAGAAGGUAUGCAGAAAGAUCUAUGUGACAGUUCUUUUUUGAGGGGAGAGGGCAGGGAGUGGUGGUUCUAUGUCUUGCUGAAAUUGAGGAAUGGAACUGUUAGCCCCAAAGUCAGUGCAGUCAUCUCUAUGUUUCCCAAUUAAUUCCAUUCGGUUUAGUUAAUGAACAGUGCUUCCUGUUCAGAUAUCUAAUGAAAAGUUACAAAAGGAUAUGGUGGAAACUUGUAACAUCGCAGUAGCUAUCACAGCAGGAGACAUUGUGCAAGUAAAACAGCAGACUGAGUGAGGUGAUGAGGCAUGGAAGCCUCUGGGGUAGGGUGCAGUGAUAUGGGGAUCAUCAGUACUCUUCAACAUAGGUGGAGGAAGCAGAACUGAAUAAACAGGAAAUUAAGCUAAUGAAUUUAGGAGAGAAGAAGCAAGUGUGUUGCAGUUGGGACAAGGACAGGUUGGAGUGGAACAGACUCUUAAAGCAUGGACUCAUAGUUGUUGAUCUAUUGUGUGUAUUAUAUGGAAGUGUACUAAUUCCAAGUUAACUUGUGUGUGUGGAGGUUUUCUUUAUGCAUGCAUAGAUGAGAUGGAACACAUCUCUUCAAUAAAAGAAGGUCACUGUGAGACAGUAAUUAUGAACAUCAGCCUUGCUUGGCAAGGUAAAGAUACUCUGCUCUGUGUUUUGCACACCUUUUUAUCAAUCAUGAAAGUAUGGACAUUAGCAUUUCCUUGAGUUGCUCUUGUGGAGUGGAGAGGACUGAAACAAAGUCUUAUUUUUAAGCAUAUCUACAACCCAAAAGUAGGCACCCCUCCUCACCACUUUUUAGUAGCAAAACAAGACUUUAACUGUUAACAUUUUGUAAAGGUGGUUGGUUUUGAUUGUGAAGAGAAUAUAAAUAAAAAGGCCUGGUUAAGCCAAUGAAGGAAACCAGAUUUUCUUCCCCCACUCCAUGCUUAUGAUGUCAGCCAAACAUGCCACCAGGAAACUCUUUCCCCUCCCGUUCUCCCUAACAAUAAAAAAGGGCCCAGUCUUGCCCAUGAAUAAACCAGGUUCCCUGUCCUCCUUCCCACCAGUCAAACGUGUUUUUGGGAUAGUUUGCCACCACUCUCAUUGAAAUGUGUGUUUGGGUGUGCAUGUGUGUGGCAAUGAUGAAUGUAGAAAUUAAACAAUGAACUCACAUAGAUACUGUCAGGGAACUGCCAUCGGAGCUGGAAGCGGAGGGAAGGCUCCAAAGGGAUGGCGGAGAGGGUCCCAGUAGGGAGAGAGGGAGCCCGUCUGCUGGGGAAGGAAAUCAGCGUAACACCAGUAGAGAAGGGGGGCAGAUGGGGGAAUCGGGAGGAGGCUCCAAGACUCCUCGCCGGAGACCAGCGGAGAGAGUACGGGUACUCCACUGCCCACACCCUCCCUGCGCAGAAGACUUCCGCGCAGGGAGAGUAGGAGGAGACUUGGCGUCAAGGAAUUUUUGUGCUGGAAGAUGUUUAAGAAACGCCCACUGCCAGCGACUGAGACAGUCACGAUGCUGGAGGCUGUUCAGUCAGAAAGGGUUAACCAGGUAACCUAGCCAGGAGUGGCGGCAACUUAUGCACGAGCAACCCCUAAACCCACUACAGAUACAUUGCUGAUUACAAAGACUGGUAGGCUGGCUGGCUAGACAUAGAAAAGAAGAAAGGCUUAUGCUUGUGGCUGCUUUAAUCUUGUGCUUGCAAAUGGAAGAAAAAGUACCUCAGCCUCAGAAAAGAGCAUCAAGUAACAUGCAACUGGUUGGCUCAGAUUGAAAAGCUUUCUUCUGAUUGGUUGGGAAGUCUCUUCAUGGUUCUUGCCUAAUGCUAUGAAACAAGAACAGAAUGUAUCCAAAUGUGAUACAUUAUAUUAAAUAUGAAUGAUAAGGAACAUAAGAGAUUGAGCUACAUCUUUUUUUGGGGGGGGGCCUCCACUUGUACUAAGUGAAGAACUUCCAUUGAUCCCUAACUAACAUAAAAACACCUAUAUAAAAAGGCAAAUUAAUAUGUGACUCAAACAUCUCUAGGAGCAGCCCCAGGGAAGAAGCUGCAUUAUUAUUAUUAUUAUUAUUAUUAUUAGGGGGAUCCCCAUCAGCUUCUCUGCCCAUGUGUAGCCAGUGGUAAUGGGAUCACUGUCUUUUAUAGCACUGUUACAGUACAGUCAUACCUUGGUUUUCGAACGCCUUAUGACUCGAAUGUUUUGGUGAGUGUUCCGCUUUGCAAACGUUUUUUGGAAGCCGAACGUCCAACGCAGCUUCCGCGGCUUCCGAUUGAGUGCAGGCAGCUCCUGCAGCCAGUCGGAAGCUGCCCCUUGGUUUUCAAACGUUUUCGAAAGGCGAAUGGACUUCCGGAACAAAUUCUGUUUGAGAACCAAGGUACAACUGUAUAUCUAAAGUAGAAUAUGCUCAUAAGGUAUCUCAUCUAAUCUUGUAAUUCUUAGUUUUAGUUUUGUCUUCUGAGAAACAAAUCAGAGUCUAUAGGAAACUUUGUUCCUAUGUGUCUUGUUAUAUUAUAUGAACUGUAGUGGCAUCAUCAAAUUCAUGAAGAGCUAGGUGUAGUCUUGUAUUGUCCAAGACAAAAGUUGAUUCUGUCCUUCCAAAGACAUUAUGGCAAACUGGGUAGUAGCAGUGUGUUGAGUGGAUUUUGGCCAAGUGAGACAUUCCUCACUGUAUAUUGUGUAAGUAAAGAAAUGCUUCAUAUUAAAUUCUGUCCCCUCCCCCUCAAAAUGCAGCUCCAUAAAACUUAGUGUGCUAACACAGAAAUACUUUUAAAAAAAUAAAUAAAUCAAAACACACACCACAAUAUUGAACAAAGAUAAUUUUGCAAGCUUUAGACAGAACCCAUCUUGGUAGCCUUUUAAAAUAAUAAUAAUACAAAGAAUAGAAAAAGACAUUUUGCAUUCUUUCUUUAUUGACAGUGACAUAAUUAUGUCAUGCUAUCUUAAUUCAGCACAGUAAAGAGUUCUAAACAGUUGUGGUAUAAGCUUAGAACUGAGCAGUAUUCAUAGAAUCAUAGAAUCAUAAAGUUGGAAGGGACCACAAGGAGCAUCUAGUCCAGGCUUCCUCAAACUCGGACCUCCAGUUGUUUUGAGACUACAAUUCCCAUUAUUCCUGACCACUGGUCCUGCAAGGUAGGGAUCAUGGGAGUUGUAAGCCAAAAACAUCUGGAGGGCCGAGUUUGAGGAAACCUGCUAGUCCAACCACCUGCAAUACAGGAAUCUUUCGCUCAGUGUGGGGCUCAAAUCCACAACCCUGAAGUUAAGAGUAUCCUGCUGUACCAACUGAGCUUGAAGUGUUUGAAAUUCAUUUGAAUUUCAGAUAAAACUUAUUCUUAUCAAAAGUACAUAUCAAAUUGUAGGUGGCUGUUCUCACACUAUCUUUAAUGUUUUAUGGAAAAUAUGAGAUACUUUCUUUACUGUUCAUUGUGUUUUCUGUUUUAUGCACUAGUAUACAUAUGAAACCAAUGUUCAUUAUUGAUGCUCGGUACAGUUAUACAGUGGAACUUGAAGAGCAUGAACCGUUGACUCUGAGCAAACAACACCAGUUCCGGAAAGUUUGAUCAGUUACCUUUAAACUAACCUGGAUUUGAGACGGAUUUCAGCAGAUUAACUGCAUUCUAUUCCAGCAGCAGCAAGAGUCCUGUGGCCCUGUAAAUUUAACUGAUUUGUACUAAUUAAAGCUUGAUAAGCACCAGAGAGUUAAACUUUUACCCUAAUUGUUGUAAUCCGCUUUUGCUUACAAAGCUUUCUGCAGCGGUAAACUGAUUUGCAGCACAAUCCUGCACAACUACUCAAAUGUAAAUCCUGUUGAGUUGAAUGGGACUUACAACCCAAUAUAUUUAUAUUGGGUUGCAGCCAUAGGGUGAUGCCAAGCUGUAGUCAUACUUGGAGCAGACCCUUGAAAUCAGUGGACUUAUUGAUCUCUAUGUAUUCGGAGUAUGGUUAAUGUUGGCUGUUAUCUGUAGCAUUUAACAUUUGAAAAGACAGUAUGCUAGGUGAUCAUGAAAACGGCAUUUUAAAGAAAUAAAGCCAAAGUGACUCAUACAAGAAGUGCCAAAGUGACUCAUUCAAGUAGUGUUGCACAUAAUUGGUGCUAGCAGUCUACAGGAAGGAGCUAUACUCUCUCUGCUUACCCUUCUGCUGGUUCUACUGGAAUGUCAUCUUUAGGAAGCUUAUAUCUGACAACAGCUGGUCAAGGCACAUUAAUGAAAGAGAACUUGCUGUCUCCUUUCCAUCGUGUCUGGUGUGGCUGGCUGUUAAACGGUAUAGUGGCAAAGGAAAAACCUUGUGGCAGGUUUUCUCAUGGGAACAAUGGAAGGGCCUUGAUCUGGUGGUGGUUGUCCUACAAGUGCAAGAGUGAUUCCUUUGGUAAUCUAAAAAGAUGCAUUAGUGCUUAUAGCAUGUCUGUUCCCUGUAUGUGUGUGUAGUAUAAAUUAAUAUAAAACUCCCCUAUAUUCUGUUCUUUGUUUAUGUAACACCUAAAAUGACACCACCAUUAAUAAUAAUAAUAAUAAAAAUUAAUAAUAUACCACCCUAUACCUGGAGGUUUAAAGGGGCACUGAUCACCUCCCUGGCCCAGCCAACUGUUCCCUUCUUGCUGGUUUUUAUCAGCCAAGAAGGGCAAGGGUCUAGAGCGCAAGUGGUCACCCUGACUUAUCUGAGCACCUUGUCCACAUCUUUGAGUCUUACCAACUGAAACUCAUCCAACACAGGACUAGACUGUGCUCUGGACACCCCAUGAGAUUCAUCUGCUAUAACAGCAGAGUCAAGGUCUUAGUGGAUGCAAGCGAUUUUAUCCUCAAAAUGCUUUGCAAACAAAUCACAGCAAGCUACUGUUGGUUUUAUCACCUCCUUUGGGCCAUCCUGUACAACCUGGAAAAGUGCUGCCAGACGCCAUGAUGAUGAUGCAAUGGAGGCAGCAAAGUAUGCCUUCUUUACUGCUUUCACUGCCACUGGGUAGGCUCGAUAAUGAGCCCUUACAUUCAUUCAGUUGCAUUCAUUCAGAUCUUUCCUCCACUUGAGUUCAAGCCAUCUCCCAGCUUGUUUCCUCACCCUAAGCUCUGGAGUAUACCGGGAGGGUCAAAUGGGCUCCACAAAGUGGGAGAGGGCACUUGCUUGCUCCCCCCACCCUUAGUGAGCCCUUCUUAAUACUUUUAUUUUCUGUUACAUACUUCAGUUUACUGUUUACAGGAUCCUUGAAUAAGCCAGAAGUGUUCUGAGACUUUGACAAGUUCUUGAUUGGGAUCCAUAAGCCCAAACUUUUGUGCUUGAUUUUAUGGAGCUUGUUGACCUAGAUCAGGGGUCAGCAAACUUUUUUAGCACGGGGCCAGUCCACUGUCCCUCAGACCUUGUGGGGGGCUGGACUGUAUUUUUUUUGGGGGGGGAAUGAACAAAUUCCUAUGCCCCACAAAUAAUCCAGAGAUGCGUUUUAAAUAAAAGCACACAUUCUACUCAUGUAAAAACAUGCUGAUUCCCGGAUCGUCCACGGGCCGGUUUGAGAAGGCAAUUGGGCUGCAUCUGGCCCACAGGCCUUAGGUUGCCUACCCCUGAGUUAAGCAAUCUGAAUCUCUUUUGCUUUUAAGCACAAAGGACUUAAAAGAAGGAAUACCGUGCCAAAACUGUCAUAACCAAUCACAAAUAAUCCAGAGUUGUGUUUUAAAUAAAAGCACACAUUCUACUCGUGUAAAAACACGCUGAUUCCUGGACCAUCUGCGGGCCAGAUUUAGAAGGUGAUUAGGCUGGAUCCGGCCCCCGGGCCUUAGUUUGCCUACCCAUGACCUAGAUGUUGUCUUGUCCAAGUUUAAUGGAUGUAUUUGUUGUACAUGUGGUUUUUAAACACACAAAUUAUAAAAUGAUGCUCCUCAUAGGAGAUGGUGGUCACUUUAAAAGAGGGACAGUUAUAUGGAAUUCUUUUGUAGAAUAAGAAUUCUGCAGACCAGUUUCUGGAGAUUCUUUCAGUUGUGAUGGGGAAAAAAGAGAGCUCUAACUUCCAAAUUACUUGUAUUCUGGUGAGGUUAAACUACGGAAAGCUUGAUAAGCAAUCUUAAUUAUUAAAACUUGCAUGAUGGAUUUUACUAGUUCUUGAAAGGACACUGGCUGCAGAACAGGCCUGUUUGGUCAAUUGAACUCCAAAACAAUGAGUGCGUGCUAUUUCUUAUCCCUGCUCCUUAGAGGUUUACUAGACUUCCUUAUUGCCUGUAGACUAGAGAAGAAGCGGAGACUAGAGCAUGAGUCUGAAAAGUUUAAAUGGCCAAUCUCUGUUGGUAUAGUGAUGAAUUGAAACACUAAUGAAACUAACAGAAGAGUCAUGGAAGAAGAUCGGGAUAGCCAAGAAUCAGAGGGUGAUGUAAGUUAAGUGAAUAUUUAAAAAUUUCUGUGUUAAAGUGCUUCUUUCUUUCUUUCUUUCUUUCUUUCUUUCUUUCUUUCUUUCUUUCUUUCUAGCUUCAAAGGUGUCCAUCACAAAUUACCUGAGCCUAUCUGGUGUUUGACUCACAUUAUCUGCUCUUGAGUGGCUACCAUGCCCUCAAAUUUCAUACAGUUCUGUAAAAAAAACCAAAAAAAACAUAGCACUGUGUGUCUCUCUCUGUGUAUACGUAUGUGUACAAUAGAUAUAUGCAGUGCUUUUUUCCUUAAAAAAAAUGUUUAGGGGUACUCUCAUUUUCCUGCUCAUAUUGAAAUACUGCCCCUCAAUGAGGCCAAACUUAGAUUCACAAAAUGUUUAGGGGUAUGCGUACCCCUGGGUCCCCCCAGAAAAAAAGCACUGGAUAUAUCCCUGUAAUAGUGAAUGUGGGCAGUACAAAGCUUCAGAUUUUUCAAAUCGGAAUUUGGAGUAGAUAUCUUGGUUAAUAAGCGUUCAUUUUAUUUAAAAUGCCCAAAUGAAGUGUUGUUGCCUUGUACAGAGAUAGGAUUGCAUUGUUGUGUGUUGGAGCAAGAUAAGAAAUGUUUAGAUGGCAGUAAGUGGGCUAAUUGCAUAUUGAUAAGGCAGUCUCAGAACUGCAAGAUUGCAUUACAAGCUGACAUAAAUCUCUGUCUUUGCAUUGUGCAAAGAGACCUUGUCUAUACUAGGCACUAUUACUGGAUCAGUGAAUAUAGGACGUAAGAGUAUGGGCGAUUAGGAACAACAUGCAAUAGUUGAGGUGUGUGUGGGUAGACUUUCCAUAUUCUUUCUUGCCAAUAAACAAAUAGGCCCACAGUAGGAAAUAUUUCAGACUCUGAGCUAUUUAGCCAGUUAAGAAUUCAAGUGUAGCUCCAUGGUCAAAAGGUAAAUGCCUGCACACAUGACAAAUGCACACAGAGGUAUAAUGUUCUCUGAUGUGCUGGUGAGGCCAAGGUUUUUAUUAGUGUGCAGUUGGAAACAAAAUGUGCAUUUGGGGGGAAAAUUGUGCAGUUGGAAAGCUGAUAAUGUGCGGCUGGAAAAGGGGGGGUGGUUAGACACAUUAGGCAUAUGUGUUUAUAAAGCACUUAAAUUACAGGCAAAAUCAGGGGCAGCAUGUACGCAAAUUAUAUAAAGGUGGAUUGUGCUCAGUAUCCAUACUUAAACUGUCUAACCAUAUUGAAACACCUCCUUCUUUUGGGCUGGUAUUUCCUUUUCUGAACAUUCGUCUCUGGGAAGAUUACCAGUAUGCUUUGCUGUAUUUGUAUCCUUGUAUUCUUUUUUGUGCCUGCUAAGUUGCUGAACUAAGGCAGAUUGAUAAAUGAAUCAUCACUGUAUUGUAGAUAGGAACUACGGACUCCUGUGGAGAAACUGCCACUGAUGCAGAGUGUAAGCAAGAAGUAAAGCAUGUUCAGCCUCUUUUCCCUUCUUCUUCUUCUUCUUCUUCUUCUUCUUCUUCGAAGUGUGGAGUGACUGGUGAGGAAUUUGUACAGUUGGAAAAUCGUUUACAAAAUAAAACUAGGCUAGACCUCAACCUAUACCAGAACUUGGCUGCAGAACCAAUUUCAGUUCUUAGCUAUAGUGUUUGUGGAGGGGGCAGAGAGAGAAGUGGGAGAAGUCAUGCAGCUGUGCAUAUACAACAUUUGUUUUCAACACAAACUAAAACACUUCUGUUUUACCCAAUCAUUUACUUUUAUUAUGUAUACUUUUUCUUAAAGUUUGUGACUUAUAUGUCUAUUUGGAAAAAUAUUUGAAAGCUGUGGCUUUUGUUAAGACAGUAUUGGAUCAGAGGAACAAUGGCUAUAAAUAGCAAAACAACGGGGAAGCGUAUUUAAAGAUAUUUCUCACCCCUUGAAACAGCAGUUUCUGCAUGGUAAACUGAAUAUUUUGCUGUGCAGAAUUUACUACCGCAACUUGGAUGUGAAAUAUUAUUUACUUAAAGCCAUGAGGCAGUUGACCUGAAUUCCAUUUCCUAGCCUCAGAACAUUUCUCUUAAGUGACUGCUGUUUUCACAGAAGAAAAAUGAAUCGGGAGACUUCUCAAACUUUACCAUUUUGCCAAUAGAGGGUGCUGUGGACCUUUUGAUCUCUCUAUUUCAAAAGACUAAUGUUAUAGCUAAUGUAGAAUGGUAAUAUAGCUAAAUCAUGACUUCCAAUAUUUGGUUUGAUAACAACUCAAAAAUUUUGGGGAGAAGUAAUUAUUUGCCAGCUCACAUAAAGGCAGAAUGUAAAUAUGCCUAUGCAUUUCUCUUACGUUAUUUGAAAGCUGUAGUCAGUUUUCCGUUUUUUUGGAGGUAAGUCAUUAAACCAAGCCUGUACAGUGGUGCCUCGCAAGACGAAAUUAAUUCGUUCCGCAAGUUUUUUCUUCUUGCGAGUUUUUCGUCUUGCGAUGCACGGUUUCCCAUAGGAAUGCAUUGAAAAUCAAUUAAUGCGUUCCUAGGGAAACCGACUUCAGACCAGGUCCGGGGACAGUCUGUCCCCCGACCUCUUCUGAAGGCUGGGGGGGGGGACAAGGGCUUUUCUUCCCACCCACCCCAGCAUUUUAAAACCCCGGGACAGCGGAGGGCUUCUCCGCUGUCCGGGCGAUCUUAAAAUGCUGGCGGGCGGCAUUUAAAAUUGCCCCGGGACAGCGGAGGACUUCUCCGCUGUCCGGGGCAAUUUAAAGCCCCUGGGAAGGCAGGCAGGGGGACAAAGACUUUUGCCCCCGCCAGCCUUCAGAAGAGGUCCUGGACCUCUUCUGAAGGUUGGCGGGGCGAAAGUCUUUGUCCCCCCACCUGCCUUCAAAAGCUGUCCAGCCAAGGCUUCGCGGACCUCUCCGCAAGCAGCGGCAGCACUGCCGCUGCUGCGGAGAGUUGCCGGCAUGCCGAAGCCUGCGCGCGCUGAGAUCAGCGCGCCCAGGCUCCGCGGACCUCUCCGCGAGCAGCGGCAGCGCUGCCGCUGCUUGCGGAGAGUUGCCGGCAUGCCGAAGCCUGCGCGCGCUGAGAUCAGCGCGCCCAGGCUCCGCGGACCUCUCCGCGAGCAGCGGCAGCGCUGCCGCUGCUUGCGGAGAGUUGCCGGCAUGCCGAAGCCUGCGCGCGCUGAGAUCAGCGCGCCCAGGCUUCGCGGACCUCUCCGCGAGCAGCGGCAGCGCAGCCGCUGCUUGCGGAGAGUUGCCGGCAUGCCGAAGCCUGCGCGCGCUGAGAUCAGCGCGCCCAGGCUCCGCGGACCUCUCCGCGAGCAGCGGCAGCGCUGCCGCUGCUUGCGGAGAGUUGCCGGCAUGCCGAAGCCUGCGCGCGCUGAGAUCAGCGCGCCCAGGCUUCGCGGACCUCUCCGCGAGCAGCGGCAGCGCUGCCGCGGCUUGCGGAGAGUUGCCGGCAUGCCGAAGCCUGCGCGCGCUGAGAUCAGCGCGCCCAGGCUCGCGGACCUCUCCGCGAGCAGCGGCAGCGCUGCCGCUGCUUGCGGAGAGUUGCCGGCAUGCCGAAGCCUGCGCGCGCUGAGAUCAGCGCGCCCAGGCUUCGCGGACCUCUCCGCGAGCAGCGGCAGCGCUGCCGCUGCUUGCGGAGAGUUGCCGGCAUGCCGAAGCCUGCGCGCGCUGAGAUCAGCGCGCCCAGGCUUCGCGGACCUCUCCUGCCUUCAAAAGCCGUCCGGGAUAGCGGGAAGCGCUUCCCUGCUAUCCCGGACUGCUUUUAAAAUGCUGGCGGUGGGGAGCAAAGCCUUUCGGCCCCCGCCAGCCUUCCUGGACCUCUUCUGAAGGCCGGAGGGGGGGGGAAGGCUUUGCUCCCCACCGCUAGCAUUUAAAAGAGGUCCCCGGAGAUUUCCCUAUGGGCUUUCGUCUUGCGAAGCAAGCCCAUAGGGAAAUUGCUUUAUGAAGCGCCUCCAAAACGGAAAACCCUUUCGUCUAGCGGGUUUUCCGUCUUGCGAGGCGUUCGUCUUGCGGGGCACCACUGUAUAUAUUACAUAGACCAUGCCCCACAACACUUUGGGUAAGCCAGACUCAGACUGAAAAUAUCCACCCAAACAUCAUAUAGAUCUGUGCAUUUUAAAGAGUACUCAUAAUAUCAACUGCUGCAUUGCCUAAAAUGUCAGUUAGAGCUCAUAUAUAGUUAAUGCAUAUCCUUGUGAGUAAUAAUACUUAACUUUUAUAUAGAACAUUUCAAGUGUUCAGAGUGCUUCACAUAAUCAAGUCUUACAUUGAGAUUAGAUAAAAGAGGCUUUUGCUGGAGUAAAUGGCAGAUCACUUCUUUGAAAAGCAGUAACUUCAAGUCCCUGUCAGGGAAAAAGUCGGGAUAUAAAUAAAUAUAAAAUAACAAUAAUAACAACAACAACAGCUGAGGAAGAUUUAUUGGGCAGCGGAGGCAGUAUGUUGAUUCUUUCUGCUCUUCUUUCCUCUCUGGGAACACAGGGUAGAAGCAUAGUAAGUUAGCCUCUGAAGCUGUUCUCCUGCUCUGGCCAGCUAUUGGAAAUGCUGUUGAAACGGAACCAAUCCCUUUCCUUCAAAGUUCAAAUUGCUUUCCGAAGACUCAUUAACACGAUCCCUCAGUGUGCAAUCUCUGGCCAAAAUUAUUAUUUUCAGUUUUGCUAUGAAACCUAGAACCCAGCUUUCAUAUUCUGUCCACCUGCCAACCUAGCAGUUUGAAAGUGCACCUGUGCAAGUAGAUAAAUAGGUACUGCUGUGGCGGGAAGGUAAAUGGUGUUUCCGUGCGUUCUGGCUUCCAUCAUGGUGUUACGUUGUGCCUUUACCUUUUACCCACCUGGAAUACUCUUGCAGUAUCAACGUUGAAUGAAUUUUCGUUUACACUAAUUCAGUAACUCCUUGGAUUUAUUAAUUUAUGCAACACACAUAAAUACUUUAACAAGCUUGCAGUAUAGCCUGUGAUGUCUCACUCAAGUCUCAGUUAUAGUAUGCUAAUUUGAUUUAGGCUGCAAUCCUGUGUGCCCUUAAUCCGCUUGCAGUGAAUUAAUUGGAAUCAUGUAAUGCACUUCCCAUAACACGGACUGAGUUCAUUUUGCACAGUAUUUGUUGACAGUGGUUACCCUACGUUCCUCUUCUUUCAAGAUUCUUGUAGUUUUUGAAAUUUUAGAAGUAGAGCGUUUUCCACUUCUGUAACGUAAUUGCUCAGCUUUCUUAUUUAAUACAGUAUUAAUUUAUAACAUUUAACAAGGACUUCUGUUGCUUUUUAUAAAUGAUAAUAAAAUGGACAAUUAUUAUAAACCUAAACAGCAUCUUAAAAAGCAGAGACAUCACCUUGCCGACAAAGGUCCGUAUAGUUAAAGCUAUGGUUUUCCCAGUAGUGAUGUAUGGAAGUGAGAGCUGGACCAUAAAGAAGGCUGAUCGCUGAAGAAUUGAUGCUUUUGAGUUAUGGUACUGGAGGAGACUCUUGAGAAUCCUAUGGACUGCAAGAAGAUCAAACCUACCCAUUCUUAAGGAAAUGAGCCCUGAGUGCUCACUGGAAGGACAGAUCCUGAAGCUGAGACUCCAAUACAGUGGUACCUCGCAAGACGAAUUCCUCGCAAGACAAAAAACUCGCUAGACGAAAGGGUUUUUUGUUUUUUGAGCUGCUUCGCAAGACGAUUUUCGCUAUGGUCUUGCUUCGCAAGACGGAAACGUCUUGCAAGUUUGUUUCCUUUUUCUUAACACCGUUAAUACAGUUGCAACUUGACUUCGAGGAGCAACUCAAAGAAUGCGGUGUGGUAGCCUUUUUUGAGGUUUUUAAAGACUUUGGUGAUUUUUGAAGCUUUUCCAAAACUUUCCCGACACCGUGCUUCGCAAGACGAAAAAAAUCGCAAGACGACAAAACUCGCGGAACGAAUUAAUUUUGUCUUGCGAGGCACCACUGUACUUUGGCCACCUCAUGAGAAAAGAAGACUCCCUGGAAAUGACCCUGAUAUUGGGAAAGAUUGAGGGCACAAGGAGAAGGGGAUGACAGAGGAUGAGAUGGUUGGACAGUGCUCUCAAAGCUACUAACAUGAGUUUGACCAAACUGCGGGAGGCAGUGGAAGACAGGAGUGCCUGGCGUGCUCUGGUCCAUGGGGUCACGAAGAGUCAGACAUGACUAAACGACUUAACAACAACAAAAUUUGUAUACUGCCCUUCAUCUGUAGAUCUCAGGGUGGUUCAGAGCCUAAAAAUACAAGGUAAAAAAAACACAAAAGGCAUUAUAAAAGCAAGAACAGAAACAAACGAAUAACCCCCACUCCCUACCACCACCUGCCACAAACACAGUUAAAAGAGUAUAUAGGGUGUCAACCACAUUUUCUCCUGGCUCCUAAGGGUGUAUAAUGAGGGCGCUUGCCAAGCCUCCCUGGGGAGAACAUUCCACAGAUGGCGAGCCACUGCAAAAAAGGUGGCAGUUGUGUGUUUAUCUCCACAUUUCAGUUGUCUUAACUGUAGUGUGUGCAUCUGUGUGUACUCUGUAUUCAGGAUGUAGAAAAAUUAGACAUUCAAGGUCUAUAUAAUACAUGUUCACUUCAGACUAGUGAUUUAACAGCAUCCUGUGUCCUAAAGAUGGCCAAUUUGGAUUGCCACUUGGACCACGAGACUGUAAGUGUAUUGGAAGCUGGUGUUUUGUCACGCUCUGUAAGACAGGGAUUGUUUUCUCAUCUGUUUGCCCACCCUCCACUACCUAGGCAGUGUUGGUCUUACCACCAACUUUUGAAGUCCUUUUAAAAGAGUCAGCAAACAUGUGAGUGGGGUGUUUGGAGCUGUAGACUUUGUGUACUUGGACUUCCAGAAAAGCCCUUGACAAAAGCCUUUGCAAGGGUUCCUGAGUCAACUUACUAGCAGUGGAAUAAGACAAUGAGUCCUUUAUGGAUUAGUAACUGGUUAAACUAUAGUAUGCAGAGUCUGAGUAGAAGUCAGUGAUUAGUUCUCACAACAGAAGGAAGAAGUUAGAUUGCCAAGGAAUCUGUACAGUGGAACCUCUACUUACGGACAUAAUCCGUUCCGGAGGUACGUCUGCUGGUUGAAACGGGAUGCUAGAAGAGGUGUCUUGUGUGCGUGCGCAUUCGGUGGUAGCGCGUUUCUGCGCGUGCGCAGAUGGCAGAAGCCACUUCUACACAUGUGCGAAUUGCAGCAAACCUGGUGUCUACUUCCGGGUUUUUCCGCGAACUCAACUUGGAACAUCCGCGAGACGAGGCGUAUGUCGAGGUUCCACUGUAUUUGGGUGGUCACUUUUUAACUUACUUAUUUGCAUAAGAUACCAAAUUUAGGAUGAUAAAAAUAAAAAAUGGCUUAUGAAGAGCUCCAAAAGGAUUUCUCCAAAAUGAGUGAACAGGCAAAUACAGUUCAAUGUAAGGAAGUGUAAGGUGAUGAGCAUUGGUGCAAAAAACUUAAAUUCACAUAUAUAAAGUAGUACCUCACAUUACGUAAACUUCAGGAUAUGAACGCGGUAAACCAAGAAGUAUUUUUUCAGGUUUCGCCGCAUGCCCAAAAGCGCUCUACUGUGCCACGCGCAUGUGCAGAACAGGCACCUCCGGUAGCAAAAACCUUGGGAUCCAAGUGGCGCUCCGGAACUGAUCCCGUCCGCAAGCGGUGAUACCACUGUACACAGAUCGGAUAUAAACUGACAGCAGCUAACCAGGAAUUAGAUCUUGUAGUCCUGAUGGCUAUCUUAGUUAAAACAUCAACUUAGUGUGUUGUGCCUUUGAAAAAGGUGUACGUAUAGUCAAACCUGGGUUUUUAAAUGUCUUAGGCUGCCAAACGUUUUGAAAACUGAACGCUGAAAACCCGGAAGUGAAUGGUUCCAUUUUUGAACUCGCCUCGGAAGUCGAACAGCUUCUGAAGUGUGUUUCUCAAUUUUCCUCAUUGAAUUACUGACAGCCCUUUGAUCCUCGGUUUUCGAACAUUUCAGAAGUCGAACAGACGUCCAGAACGGAUUAUGUUCAAAAACUGAGGUUCCACUGUACUGCAUGUUAGGAAUCAUCAGAAAAAGAACUUUUUCUUGAUAGAAAACCAAGAGUCAUCUAAGAUGUAGAGUUGGUGGGAGAUUCAGGACAGAAAAAAGGAAUACAUACAUUGCAUAGGUCAAUAUGGAAUUACCAGUUGAUUAAAUGACUUUAGAAGGGGUUUCAACAAAUUCACAGAUUAAUGGUAUAUGUGAUUACUUGUCACGAUGGCUGUUUCCUUAAGAAUCAGAGGCAGCAUGACUCUGAAUACCAAUUGCUGGGGGAAAGUGGUAAUAGAGGGUUGUUGUUUUCCUGUGGACUUCCCAUAGGACACUGGGGGAAACGGGAAUCACCUGAAGUAGAUAGGUGUUUGCUCUAAUGUAGCAGAGCUUCUCUUAUGUAUCUGCCACCACAAGAGUGUUGUUGCUGCAAGAGGCAAGCAGUUAGUGACACUCCUAACAGGCCUCUGGACUCAAUGCAACUUUUGAGGGAAGAGCAAGGUAUUGUAGAUGAGGUGGGCUCAGACAUCAUCCGUGCCACCUCUACUUUCUGACAACUGGCAAAUCCUAUUGAAAGUUUAACUUUCUGGCAAGGACAGAGGCCCACACUGUUUCUGGGACCCUUUCCUUAGAGUGUGGCAUGGAUGGCUCUCCAAACAGCGCCUGCAGGUUAAGGAGGAGGGGUGGCAGAAGAUAGUGGGGACAGCAGAAGGCAGCAGCAGCCAACUUCAGACUGUUCAAUGUGUUGCAUUGCUUCUGCUCUCCUUUGCAAUAGUGCAUGAGUGCAACUGUUCUAGACUUAAUUUCUACUCUGUCACCCCAUUUUGGGGGUGGGGAGGAUCUGAAUAACCUGUUUGCAACAUGAAGACUAUCUGGAAGCACCUUCAGAUGGACUGUCUGUAAAUAUUGGUUGCAUAUGUCUUCCUUAGGCUGCUGGUAUUAUUAGAAGCCUCAUUACUGUCUUUAUCACUCUCCUUAGGCUUCAUGAAUGUUGAUUGCCUGAGUCACUGAAAUCUGUUGUGGGUUUGUUAUUCUGCCUAAAGCAUGUUUCAAAAUAAUGCCUUGCUGCAUUUCGUUGUCAAGAACUCAAAGAAAUGGAGCUAAGAAAUGGUGUGCUGAUGCUCUGUGAAUGCUUUAUUUAUAAAGUGUGCUCAUUUUACACCCAAUAAGACUUUCUGGAUCAAAAUACUUGGAAUCUGUUUCAGGAAUAACUGUGAGGGUGUUGUGGUAUUAAAUCUAUGGUAGUCUAGUGAAAGUAGCCUAAUGGGUUUUGUAGCAUUGUACAGUCAUACCUCAUGUUACAUCCGCUUCAUGUUACGUUCUUUCAGGUUACGUCCGGCGGCGACCCGGAAGUACCGGAAAGGGUUACUUCCGGGUUUCGCCGCUCAUGCAUAAGUGCAAAAUGACGUCACAUGCAUGCGCAGAAGUGGUGAAUCACAACCCGCGCAUGUGCAGAUGCACCACUGCGGGUUGUGCUCUUUUCAUGUUGUGAAUGGGCCUCCGGAACGGAUCCCGUUUGCAACCAGAGGUACCACUGUAUCAGUCUUUUGGAAUCUUCACUUAAUUUGAAAGCAGUGCACCCUGGGCCAGAUUCAACCCAGUAGUUGUCCUAGUGGAAGCCAUCGCAAUAAGUCCUGCUAGCUCAUCAGGAGUUCCAUCAGCUGUCCAUCCCCACACCCUCCUCAAAUUUGUUUGGGAGAGUCUGGAAAACCCCCUGAGCAGCUUGUGGUGGUGAAGGGAGAUAGUUCCAUCUAUCCAGAAGAAAUGCUUGCACUGAUAGAACAAUCCCCUCAAUGCAAUAUUGAACUCAUCCCACUGCAUUUAGGUAGGUGCUUGUCAAAUAACACAAUUUCCUUGGUGUAGCUCCUCUUCUUCCUUCUCAGGCUGCUGAUGAGGGCUUAAAUGCCCUAUUAAAAAGUAUCAUUUCUUUAUCUGAAGCUUGAACUAUUAACCUUUUAAAUACUCUCUGUGCCUCUCUGUAAACCUGUAAUGGUAAUGUCUAGCUAACUAGUUUAGAAAUAUGUAAUAUAGUGGAUCUUGAUAAUUGAAGUUUAAUAUGUACCCUGAUUUUAGAAGAAGAAGAAAGGCUGAGAUCCCUGUUUCUGAAAAGGGAAAAUCUAUAUUGUAAUUGAAAAAGAGCAUGGUAUCUUAAUCUUUUGCCCUAGUCCACUAUCAGAUGCAUGAACUGGUCAUGUGUAUGCAAAGAUAUGUGAUUAAUAAUAAUAAUAAUAAUAAUAAUAUGAACCCAACAUUGAAGGAAAGAGCAAGAUUUUGCAGGUGAACGAGCAAAAGUAGAUAGGAAAACAGAGUGGCCACUCUGCUUUUUGGAAGGGACAGUUUCUGGAUUUGUAUCUCCAUUAUGUGGCCUGCUGCCAUUGAUGAUCUGAUUUGGAUAUAGGUGAUAUCUGUAAGCAAGAAUAGGCCUACCACUCAGGACCUGGAAGAAAAAGAAAUAAUACUUCAGAAGGGACUAUAGGUUGUUGUCCUGAAAAUGUUUUGGCAUAAAGUGGUAGAUGACAAAUGGAGUUUGUAGUCUUUUUCUGUUAGGAUUGAUCCAUUAAUAGUUGAUGCCGAUCUGGCCUUCUUGAUCCAUACUUUGAAGUGACACCCCCCCCCCCAGUUGAUUUCAUAUUGUGAUUCUUCUCCUUCACGUUUCCACUCCCUGUGAAUACAUUUCUCAUAUAUUCCCAAUAUAUGUAUAGUGUGGGCCUGUUAAUUGCUGUACAGUGGUGGUAUAUAGUAAUCCUGAAUAAGUAGGAUGUGUAUGUAAUUGGAAGACAGAAGUAAACAAACUUUAGUGUUGAACAGAACAAGGUUCAAGCCAAGUUAUGAGUAACUAGUUCAUGCAAGCAGAACCAUUGGUCAAGAAUUAUGGGAGCUGUAGUCCAAAACAUCUGAAGGGUACCUUGUUGGCUACCCCUGCUCCAGUUUAUUUACUGUGAAAUGAAAUAACAUUGUUUUCUGUAAUGGGCACCGAUGGCUAGAAGAUGACAGAAGCCUGGGGCUUUGCAUCUAGGUGGCUGAUAAGGAACUGGGGCUAGGUUUCCAAAGGCAUGUUUUCUUCUUGUCGAGCUAAUGCUGCUUCAAAGGCUAGCAUUAUUUGGGUGUUUGCUCAACUAGUGUUCUCACUACAAAAUCACCAUAAUAGAUUUUAUAUUCCUAAAGAAGCAAAUUGGCUUUCGGCUUGUAAAGGGUGCCAAAAGGUAUUGCUUACUUUCCAGUUUACCCCAAAAUUUCCAUUUUAUUUGCCGGGGAGGAGGGGGUACAGGAAAAGGCUUCACAAUUUCUGGAAAUUUUGCACAUCUAGUGAUGGCUGUUCUGCAUCCUUUCAGUUGUACCUGGAUAGCAUUUCUUUCUUUGUAUGGUGCUUAGUUUUGAUGUGAUUUUUAUAUUAAGCAAGCAAAAGCAAAAUCCUGUCAACCCAAAUUAAAAUCAAGUGGGUGUUUGGCAUAUUCCAUGCUUUUCAUAUUUCUAAGGAGACACUUGACUAUAUUACAGUGAUGAAAUAUCUUUUACAGUGAGUAAAACUAGAAAAAGUACACGUGUUUUUCUUGUCCAGAAUACUUGUAUGUAAUCAGUGGCAACCUGGUCAGUCAGGUGACAUUUUUAUUACCUGUGGUCAAAGGCCAUUGCAAAAAUUCAAACAGGCUCAAGGCCCGCAACAAAUCAACUUUGCAAAUACAAACAUUGCAAAGCCAGAAUAAAGGAUAAAGAACAAGCAAUAAAACAAAGGAUAAGAAAGCAAUAAAAUGAAUAAUCAAAUUAUAAUCAAAUUGCUGUAUCACCAUGAUAAUUUAUAGCUACCCCUGAAAGCACCUUUCCAUUCAUCCUUUUUAGCAGCCAGUGCAAAAAGACACCUUAUAAGUCAAAGUCAGUAUCUGACAAUAGAUAAGAUUUAUUUGGGGUGAUGGUUUUUGAGGGUAAUCCCAAUAAAUCCAAAUAAAAUAAUACCCAGACACUUAAAACAUGAUUUAAAGUACAUAGGACAAAAUAUGUGGAAGAUCUUCCAUCUCAGUGGUUCAGCAAAGACAGUUCCAUUGAACCAGAGGAAUCCAGUCAUAUUUGCCAUCAGUUGUAGUGGCUGGCAUAGUCUGAAAGAGCUGUAAAGAUCCAAUACUGACCAUCCUCCAUAGCUCAGUUUUUAUAGGUGUCCACCUUGCAGUCACUGACGUGUAUCCACCAGAUAGACACAUGUCUGCUGGAAUGCAGUGGGCUUCCAUUGGUGUUCUUUAUAUUUAGCACAAAGUACAAGCUGCACUUCCAGCUGGGAUCAGCUUCACUUUGGCCUGUGAUUAAACAGUGCUGAAUGUAAGCCUCGCUGCAAAGAAGGCAGAGAAUGCGCAUACAAUGUCAGGUAAGUAAUAGGUGGACAUGGCUGGCUUCACCUCUGCCAUAAGGCCUGCCUGAGGCAAGAGUCACCAAAUAGGGAACUCUGCAAUGAACUACCUUCAUUCCCUGGUCCUGUCCACAGAGCCUGCAGUAAUUUACACCACCAGAAAUGCAGACAGAAUUACAUCCAUCCCAUGGGAGUUGAUGGAAGGGCAGAAAACGAAGAUUUACACUGCCGCCAUCUCAGUUUGUCCUACACAACCCUUUGUCCAGGAGCAGUUAGAAUGCAGCUUAAUUUGUACAGUAGAUAUAUGCACUAACCUAAAGUACAUACCAUAUUUUUCCAUGUAUAUUUUGGGGAACUCCAAUUUAAGAAAACACCCCUCAGCACUACCCGUGUAUAAGACAAGCCCCAAUUUUAAACUUAAUUUUUUGGUAAAAAAAAAAUUGGUAAAAACCCCCAACCUUUUUUAUUUGGUAAAAAAUACGAUUAUUUAGAACUUAAAAAUAGUUUAAAUGCUCAUGUUUGCAACAUUCUCAUGAUAUUAUAGCUGUCUUUUAAAAAAGAAAAUAAGGUAUGCAAGUAAGAGUUCUCAAAAGUAAAUCGGGCUGUGGAUUGAAGCCUGUAAUCCUGUGCAGGAGUAAGCUCCACUGAACAUGGUGAGAUGUGCCUCCACAUAAAUAUGCAUAGACCUGGGUUUCAUGGGGGUUCAAAUGUAAAAAAAGGUUGGAAGGGAAAAGUUCUGGAAUUUUUUCUUUAGUUCUACUUUGGAUCAUGAAAUAUGCAGAGGUAAGAUUGGAUGUAUGAUGCAAGCAAGUACAAUGUGAAACCUAAUUAUCAACCAUUUGUAUUCAGUCCUUUCCCAAGCUAUAGUUGAAAAAUUGUUAAACAGGUUAUACUGGACUUACUACUUCUGUGUUGCUUCAAAGGUUAAUGCGGAGACAGUUGCUUGUUCCAGCAGCUGUUAACCCCAUGCAGCGUUAGGCAAGAGAAUUACACCCGAAAUGGGUUCGUAGUAAAUUGUAAUUCAACUUCAUGUAAUAAAGCAUAGAAUACUUGUGUUCUUGACAUUGCUAAAUAAAUGAAUUGAAGUUAAAAAUAGGGGUUUGACUUUUGCUGCCCAACUCUCCAUGGGAUGCUGAGUCCUCCAACUCCAUAAUCGGUCAGAGAAAAAUGGAUGAAGGCAGGAUUCAGUGGAAAGCAUGGCAGAUAUUUAUUUUUCUGUUGCAACAGAGUUCCCUCCCCUCCUUCCAAGGAGGGAGAGCCCCUGACCAAAAGUUUGCAGGAACCUUUAAAGACUUUUGACAUUGCCCAACCCCCUUAGUCAAAGACCACCCCAAAAUCAUCAUACAUACAUCAUAGGAGGCAGUCUACAGCAGAAAUCCUGUCUGCCAGGAUACUUGAUAAUGGUCACUGAUUGCAUUACCUGGACAGCCUGGCCAUUCUUUCAUGAUGGUGAAUACUUUAGUUCCUGAAUCUAGGUCACAGGCUCACCCUAUUCAUACACAAAUACACGCUUAAGACAGGAUUUGUAAGUGAAAAGACUAUGGGGAAGGAUUUUCCCAUUUCCCUCCCUUACUGCAGAGGAAUAUUUGAGGUAAUUGGGAGCAUCAAAAUGGCUUAAGGAUUGCUCUCCUCUACUAUUUCAGACACAUGGUUUAUAUAUUUAGACAUGUGUGUGUUUAUGAAUAUUUAUUAUAUAUUUGAGACCUUAGAAUUCUUAUAACAGUAUAUAAAGCUGAAGUGAUGGCAACUUUAUGUGCUGUUUUGUUACUCUGAUAAUUUGAGAAAGUGAAGACCUCCGUGUCCAGUGCCAGCCUGACCAUGACAUGGUAUGAAGUCCCCACAACAGUGGGCAGAAUGGAGAAUGUCAAACUUCUCCACUGGGAGCCAGUGUGGUGUAAUGGUUAAGAGUGGUAGUCUCGUAAUCUGGGGAACCGGGUUCGCGUCUCUGCUCCUCCACAUGCAGCUGCUGGGUGACCUUGGGCUAGUCACACUUCUCUGAAGUCUCUCAGCCCCACUCACCUCACAGAGUGUUUGUUGUGGGGGAGGAAGGGAAAGGAGAAUGUUAGCCGCUUUGAGACUCCUUUGGGUAGUGAUAAAGCGGGAUAUCAAAUCCAAACUCUUCUUCUUCUUCUUCUGCUUCUUGUAGACAGCUAUCAAUCCCCUUGCUGGCUGUGUGGUACUUGAAUGAAAGGGAGGCGAAGUUACCUCUUUUCAGAUAUACAAGGCAGAAAAGUACUUUGUGUGACAGACUGGGUCUGAUGUUUCCCUUCAUGCUAGGCAUCUCAAACAAGUGAAAGAACUGCUACUUUCCCAGUCAACUUGUGCAAAUUGUGUGUGCUGCUCAGUCCUUCGGUGUGCAGAAGUUUGGAGUUGGUACUUGAUAUUCCUACAUCACACAAAGCUUCCAGAAAGUGAAAAAGCAGUGCAACUUCCUCUUAUGCUCUCUACACCAAGUAAGAGUAGCUUAGAUGCUCUCCUGUUGUGGAUGGAGAUGAAUGGAUGGCAGUCCUUGAUGCCUCCAAUGGUGAUAAAGCUUGAGCCAGACCUGUCUGUGACUCAGCUGAUCAGAUGCAUCAUGAAUGCAAGAAACUGGUCAAUCAACAAUGGUGAAGAUUUUUAGAAAAACCAAGUUAUACUGUAUGUACUUGGAUUGUAUCAAAAUCUAACAUGGAGUAAGAAGCUAUCACCAGUAUAUCUUUGAAACCACCUUAAUGAUGAACUCAAUUUUUAUGCAAGAAUGUCAGGAAGGAAAACAAAGUUAGCUUCCAUGGCUGAUACAGUAAGAUGUUUGAUGGAAAAAGAGUGAAUAGAUAUAGGGUUGUCUUCAGUGUUGCUGUUUUCUAACGGGAGUAUUUUCUUUCUGAUUCCCUCUCUCCUCUAUAUCCCCCUGUACGCUUCAAAAUCUGACCCAGGAAGUAUGUGGGACCUUUGAACAGCCUGGUAGGUGACACAGGAAGCUUUAGGAGAAAGAGGAAACUUGGGAGGGGGGGGAGAGAAACCCCUUUACCAAAACAAAAUCUUCCACAAAUGGAAAGACAGCAUUGGGGCGGGGGGAUGGGACCAUAGAAAAUGCAUGUAAAAAUGUUUCCAUGUGUUUAACAUCAGGGAUGUUAAAUUACAGUGGUACCUCGGGUUACAGGCGCUUCAGGUUACAGACUUCGCUAACCCAGAAAUAGUACCUCGGGUUAAGAACUUUGCUUCAGGAUAAGAACAGAAAUCAUGCUGCAGCGGCGCAGCAGCAGCGGGAGGCCCCGUUAGCUAAAGUGGUGCUUCAGGUUAAGAACAGUUUCAGGUUAAGAACGGACCUCCAGAACAAAUUAAGUUCUUAACCUGAGGUACCACUGUACUCUGGAAGAGUUAAUAUUUGAUCUUUGGUAUGCUUUGCAAUAAGUAUGGUUAGCAUGGUCACAAUGGCUACGCAGUUCAGCCAUAUUUUAAGAUUUGUCCUUGCUGUUUUCAUUAUAGAUUUCUAGAACAUGCAAUGUGUUUCAGUUAAAUGAUUUAAAAUUCUUAGACCACAUGUAAUAAGCUUCCAUACCCAUUCAGAGUUUCUUAACAUAGCUUCUGAGCUACACAUGUUGAAGGUGGCAGGGAAUGAGUUAAGAAUGUCAUCCUUUCCAGCUUUGAAAACCCUUUAUUUGUAUUGCAUCAGUGCCUAAAGCCUAGACUAGGUUGGGCCCCAUUGUGUGAUGGCUUAUUAAGCAAACACAUAGUAAAUGACCCUGCUUGAACUAGUGCAGCAGAACUAUAUGUGGAUGCUCUGUGCAUGCAAAACCAAAAAGGCUGUAAUAAUUCUGGAUGACGUGCACAUGCACAUGUGUAGUAGUUGGAAAUGUAACCUGCACCUCAUUCUGCUGUUCUGUCUGCAGUCUCUGGUCUAGCAAUUUGGCACUUGCAAGUGGUGUGAAUGCCACAGUAUUCUUACUUCCUCAAGGGCAGACAGAGUUUUGGGGCACAGACAUCAGUCAAAAGUUCCAGUUCUUGAAUUCAGUUUUCCAAGUGAGAUUUUUGUUAGGUAUAAUUUGAAGCAACAGAGUGAAAAGAUUUAAGCUGGUGGUAAAAUAUUCUCCUCUUUAAAUAUUUUCUCUGGCGUGAUGCUGUCUGGGCUCUUGUGAGUGCUGCAACAGACCUCAGUUUCUUGUUAAUCAUUUGCUGCUUUUUUUAGCCCCUUGAAGCAAAGCAAACACCUCUAAUUUGCUUUGGAGUUGAGCAAAGUUGAUGUCAUUGCUGUAGUAUGUGUGGUUGUACCUGAUGAUCGCUCAAAGAGGUGAGACCUCAGCAUGUGAAUAAGAGGAAAUGUGUAGCCAGUAGUACUGGGCACAGCCCUGCAGCUGCUGAGCCCAGAGUAGGAGAGAGUCUUGCUUCCUCUGAGCCAUUGUUAACCAUCUAUCUCCCCACCCCCACCUACCCUCUGAGGCUUGAGCAAGCUAGGCUGCAUUUUGCAACAAGGGCAGAAGAGUAGAUCUUGCAUGUGUUUUUAUAAAGCUGACACCCACAAGAGGGAGGCUGCUUAAAUCUUUGUGAGGAUUGUUUUGGGUGUUUACCCUCUUACCGGUACUUCAGGCACAUGCCUGCUAACCGCACCCUGAAUUAACUAGAGCAGCGAGUCAGUCCCGUCCAAGGCUCAGGUGGUUCCGUGGCAACAUUUAGCUAAUGAAUCUAGAGAGGGGGGUGGUCCAUCUGUCAGGACCCUUCACAGCUGACUCACAGGAAGUGUUAAAAAAGCUUGGCACAAGGGUGAUCAGCUCCAGGAUUCUGCCCCUCCUCUCAUUCCCUCGCUGUCUUUGCCUGCAUGUUUCACAAGCUCGUUUUUUGGAAGAACAAUGAACUGAUUUGAAGUUUUAAGACUGGGAGGGUUCCCCUUGGAGUUCGCCCGUCUAGUAGGCUUCAGGAUGUGUUGCUUGACACAGUUUUAGACAGCUGUCAGUCUGUCUUCUUUGCUCUUUGCUUUUCCCUUCCCGUUCCCCUGGUGGAUUGCUUUGUCUGGAGAAAAAAGGUGACCAUGGUCCAGCGCUUCAGCCUCAGGAGGCAGCUAUCAAAGGUAGGUGACUUCUGCCAUCAAGAUCUGUGGGACUGUCGUCAUUAUCACAUUUCUCUCAUAGAAGAGAAAUCUCUGCUUGUACGGAGGAGGUGGGCGGGGGUCUGGUGUAUUGAGAGGAAGCAGCUCUGCCUUUUGUUCUUCCCUCUAACAGACACAAAGGUUUUUUAGAGCAAAUUGUCCACUGGCAGACAGGGUUUUCCCCCCUUUCUGCAAAUCCAGAGCUAUGGACUCGGGUGAGCCUGCUGCUCUUUUGGCUUUAAUAUCUAGCAUACUUGUGUGAUACAGAAGAAACAAGACUCAUAUUAAUAUACCACAAUAUGAGCUCAAUGGAAAAAGCAAGGUGGAAUGGAACACAUGGACUUUCUGCAUAGGAUAGUAUUUGACUGAUAACCACCUAGCAAAACAGAGGGAAGCUGCUGCUGCCUCUUCAAAAGUAUUAGUCAGGAAGAACAAAGGAAUUGUUCUAAAGAAAUUCUGCUGCUUAAUAUUUUCCAUCUCUUUUGUGUGUUAAGAUGGCUUUUUGAAAAAUGGGUAUUUUUCCAAAUUUGGACAUGUAGUUAAGUUUAUUCUGUAAACCUAUCCUUUAGUUGCUUUCUCUUUUAAAAAAAAUCAAAAAAGGUUAAAAGCUGAAUAAAAUGAGGGCCUUAAAUACCUUUUGGAUAAGACAGAAUUUAGUUAUGAAUCAAAUACUGUGGACAUCAUCUGAAUUAUAGGGUCUUGGGCCUCAAGCUUUAUACCCAGUUUGGAUUUAUUGAAAAAAAUGAAACAAACCCUUAUUCUGUACCUCUUUCACUAAAAUGCCUGUAAAGGCUUUCUUUUUUGUGUUAAAUGCAGUGAUCAGCAGCUGAAUGCUCCAUUUAGGUCAAAAUGCACUCCCUGCAGACAGUCUAUUGGGAAGCUUUAGGGUGUUGCAAUGAACUGGCAUUCCAUAUGACCCUUUUCAGAGUUCAUCAGCAUUUUUGAAAUAGCAAAGCGAUGAGCAUAUCAAAUAUCAAUAUAAAAAUUGGGAUUUGGCAACUGGAAACAGACCUAUUUUUCUCCCUCCCCUUGCAUGUGUCCACACACACACAGAGUGACUUUAUUUCCCCAGUGCUAAAUUAUUUACUUGCAAGUAAUCCCAGAAAGUAUGCUGAGGAUCUGAGCAUAUAGAUCAUAUCAAUACCGAACCUUUCUUCCAAGUGUUGUUAACAAAGGGAAAUAAGCAGUAUCAUUGAAAUAGUUAAAAUUGCUUUAUGCCUAGGUCCACUCACUCAUCUGAAAUAAGCUGUAAAAUCUGAUGAUCAUUGUUUGAGCAUUAUUGGGAAUGUGAAGUGGGUGUGUUCAAAUAGUUAUAUGAAGACUCUACUGUUGUUAAAUAAAAAAAAUGGCAUGCAACGACUUCACAUGGUUUCUGUAGCUAUGUUCUUCCACAAAAGAAACCUAUUCUCACUGACUUCUGAAUCUUACAUUAAGUCAAGGGAGGCCAGUUUGUGGCCUUAAGGUUCUAUAUAAUUUGAUCCCAAUAUUAUGGUUCCCCAUACUGUGCAGUCAUAAGGGCUAAAAAUUUGCUUUUUAAAACAAUCUAAACUGCAUUUCUCAAUGGGUACAGAACACAUGCAUUUCUGUCAUGUAUUCUCACUCUCCAUGGAUCCCCCCCUCACAGAUUUUGGUGCAUAAACAAUUUGGGCUUCUAUGGGUGGGUGGUGAGUUGGAUGGUAUCUGAGGGUUGCUCCUUCUGAUUUGUAAGUGGUAGUGUUUGAGGAUUCUUCAAAUUUGGAAUGCAUUUUCCCUGUGAAUGAAUUUCACAUGUACAUUGAAUCUACAGUCUGCAGUUACUGCAAGGUACAAGAGCCUUGUGCCCUGUUCAUAUGAUACAGUAUGGAGUGGAUCAUAUUGCCUUCCUGAGUCUGUGUCAGGGCAAGACUUUGCUGCUAAUAAUGCCAAUAAUGUGGUAAUGCAGCAGUUCCAACCUAAUGCAAGAGUGCCUGGGAGAACAUCUCAGUGCUCAAAGGUUCUCUGAUCAUAGGAAUGUACACAAUCAGUUGCACCUAAUUAUCCCUUAUAGCAUACCAUCAACUAUACCAGCGUCAGUAAUUUGAGCAUAGUUAUUAACACUUUCAACAGCAACACUCCUGGUAGCCAAGGAAUAUUUUGCAGUAGGAAAAAUACUACUAAUAGGAUAUGGCUACAUGUAUGGCCUUUCUAGUGUAGCACUCUUUUUGCCUUACCUCCCAUUAGUCUUAAGUUAACAGUUUAAUCACAGUUUGUUGUUGUUUAGUCGUUUAGUCAAAAAUGCUAGAGCUUACUACAGUUACUAACCUUGGGUUAAGAACUUAAUUCGUUCAGGAGGUCCAUUCUUAACAUGAAACUGUUCUUAACCUGAGGUACCACUUUAGCUAAUGGGGCCUCCUGCUGCUGCCGUGCCGCCGGAGCCCGAUUUCUGUUCUCAUCCCAAAGCAAAGUUCUUAACCCAAGGUACUAUUUCUGGGUUAGUGGAGUCUGUAACCUGAAGCGUCUGUAACCCGAGGUACCACUGUACUUCCAGUCACAGACAAAUUCAGAAAAGUGGAGAUGGGAGUAAUGAAUUUGCAAUAUGAGUAUAAAUUAAAUUUGCUUAACUUCUGAUUGGUGAUAUCGCCCCUCCCCCCAAUUUGUUCUUACUACUUUUAUAUCAUGAAAACAAGUUGGACUUUGGGUGAAGGAGGGAUGGGGGGUCAGUCUGAAGUUUAAAAUGGCCUUAGAGAGCUCAUGGAAAUUGCUUUUAUAACUAGAACAGUUCAUUUAGCAGAACAUCUGACCACCUAUUUUAUAUAGCAGUUGUAGUGUAUUCAAUAUUAGUUGUCUUAAGCAUUUCAUUUAAUGUGUUGCUGGCAUUGGACUCCCCUCCCCUCUUUGCUAUGGGAAAAAGUUAUAUCUCAGCUCAGUGCUUUCCCCUAGCUGGGUGGGGCACAGGAAGGGAGUGGACAAACCCAAGUCCCUCUCCUGAUUUUGGCUGAACUAGAAUCCUGAGAAGGCAUUAUCAUCUGAAUAGCUAAGGGUAAAAAUAGUUUAUUUCAUAACCUGCCUGAACUAUAUAGGUAGGAUAAUUUGGAACAUCUGAGUGAAUAUCACAAUAGGCAACUCAUUUUGGGAAGCAAGGGAUCAUCAGUCAUGCCACAACACAAUGGAUUUUAUUUAUUUAUUUCUUCUUAAUAUAUGUGUCGUCUUAUCAGAAAUGUCAGGGAGGUAAGACUCAACAACCCACAUAGUUGACACUUCCUUUCCCCUUCCUUCCAUUCUGGAACAAAAUUGUACUAAACCGUAAACACUUAUGAAACUAAGUAUAGGUGUGUCUCCAGUUCACAUGUUCUCUCUUCCUCCAGUGUAGCCACAAGGAGGAAUUUGGAAACUUUCACUUCUGUUAGAUUAACACAGUUUGCCAGGUCAUCCAAACCUGACAAACUGUGGUUGUUAAUAUCUAAUAGUUGAUUGAAACCACUAGCUUCAAACCAUGAUUUGAGAAGGUUCAGCAAAAAGUACUUGUGGUUACACAAAAUUGUGGCAAACUUUGUUGCAUCAAACUGUUGGUAGUCUGAAACAGAAGUCAAAGUUUCUGAUCAUGUCCUUGCGGGUGUGUCAGAAAAGGAAGAGGAAGCACACCUAUGCUUAGUCCUUGUAAUGCAAACCCUUCCACUUUGUAGGCAAGCGCUUCUUUGGUUACGUUUAUGCUAAUCCAUUGGGAGCAUGUAGGGGACCCAGACUGUGUAUAUGGUGUGUGUAUGGAAUGCUUAGUUGUAGUGCAGAUCUAAUAAACUUUAGGUAGAUGCCCUGAUCUGGAAACAGCUUUUUCUGAAAAACCCUUAAAAAACCAAAUAUUUGAUUUGAUGUUUGUCUUAAAAGUUUCCUCCCUACUAUCUCCUUAAAUGGAAAUCAUAUGGGCAAAUGAACUAGACAUAUGAAUUCUACCUUGGGAGUUGAGCUAAAAAAUAGGCUAGACUGCAGUGUAUGCAGUAACGCAACACCUGUCUCCUUGAAGAAAAAAUUGCUGACAAGCAUUUGCAGUAUUGUAAUUGUUUUUGCCAGCUUAAUGAAAUAUUAACAAAUGAAAUGGUAGAUGGCUUUCCUAACUAGGGAAGUAGUUGCAGCUGUUAGUCUGACAGCUGCUGCCAUGUGCAGGUCAGUUGAAACCACCUGUCCAUGACAUCUGUUCCAUGCAGUGAACUGUUUUCCUUGCAAAGUUGCUCAUGCUACAUGGCUUGCUGCUACAGCAUUAUAGACCAUGCAGAAGUGACCAAACAGCAUGUAAUGCCAGUUCCUACUCUGAUUUACUGCAUAGAGCAGCCUCCCGGUAGCUUUUGUAUUUUCUAAAGUAUCCCUGACUUAAAGAACAUAGACCUUUUCUUUGUUAGUGUCAGAUGACCAGUCUUUUGGACAUGUUUCUUGGCAAUGCGUAUGUCAUGAAUGCUAAGCUGAUUAGGGAAGCACUUCAAUAUUUUUCCUGGAAAAUCUCCUUCAUUCUUUGUCCUUUAAGAUAUUCUCCUAUUACUCCUUUUGUAACAUUAGAUCACACUUAGUAAUUUAAGUUGCUUUGAGUAAUGGUGUAUAAUGACAAAUGGAUCUUAUAAUAAGGAUGGGUGAGAUCAUGGUUCAUAUACACUCCCAAAGUAAUCACUUCUAUGAGGUAUAAUAAAAUAACACAAGCUAACAGCUUCUAGUUUCUGUAGACAGAAUGGUGUGCCCUGGCCUACCAGUUCAUCCUCAUAAGCUGAUUGCCAGUUGUGGGUUUUUAUUUGGAGGAGGGAGGGUGUAGAGAGGAGUUACUGUAGUACAACACAGAGGCAUAACUUUUGGUUCAUUUAAUUGGAAUGAAACGUGAGUUAUCUAUAAAAGAGAGCUUUAUGAGCUAUUCUCCUGAGUGAAUACUUGUCCGCAAAAGUUUAUACACAGUACUAAGAAUAUGAAUCUAGAUUUGGGAUGUUCCAGCCAUUCUUCUGGGGACAAUGAGCUUAUUUAACUCUGUGGGAUGCUUUCCUGUAAGUCCCCGUAGUAAUUGGAUUGACCUUUAGCGAUACACAGGGGUGCUUCAUUUCUGUACUCUUGAGACAGCUGAAUUUUUUGAGGUUUAUUAGGUGUUUGCUUGAGGCAAUUUCUACAAACAGGCCCAGCAACAAGUACUUUAAAAUACAUAGUUGUUAUGUAUUCUUCAUUCUCUUAAAGCAGGGUGGUCCAACUUUUAUACCAGCCACAAGGUGGGCCACAAGAGUACUUGGACAUGGAACCCAUGGGCCGCACUCUGCCUUGUUCCAUGGGAGGGGAGGAGGGCCAAAAUUUUACGCCCCCCUCACAGCCCUAGGGCAGUGGGUAUCAAGCACUGCCAAAAGAAGGAAGAAUGUAACAAUUCGGCUCUUGCAUAAAAGUGGGUCAACUUAGAUGCGGAAAUCUCAGAUACUGUUAAGUGUAUUACCAAGAUCCAGUGUUUCCCCAAACCAGCCUUCACUAACUGUUCUGGCUGGGAGUGAUGGGAGUUGUAAUACAAAACAUCAUUCUGGAGGCGUUUGGUUGGCAGAGGUUGUCCUAAACAUAGAAUCAGCCUUCACAGUCACUUACAGACACACCGUUAAUACCACAUUCAUGGAAGACAAUCUUAGUCAGCUCCAAGUGAUCUCCAAAAGAGAAGAAACAUAAACGAUAAUAUAUGGUAGAUAUCCCUCUGCUGAAGGAAGGCAGAACAGGGAGGGAGGGAAAUUUUUGAGAUGCUUCAUCUCUUUCCAGACCUUCCAGAGCAGGCUCUCUUUUUUUUGCAGGGGUGGGGAAGGGAAUGGGAUUGCAGGGGUAGAAGAAUGAUCAAAAAUUGUUUCCCUCACUGAAGGUCACCAAUUGGAUACCACCAGUUUUUCCCUUUGAGCCAUCCCUGGAUGUGAAUUUUAAAUUGUAAAAGAAAGCAGAACUAAAUCCUUGGAGAGACUAGAAGGUUCACAAAUCAUGUCUCUUUCCAGGGCAAUGUAUGAAAUAUAUACACAGUGUUAUUAAUUUGUCAUACAGAGUUACAGGCAGGCAGCAGAUGUUAAAGUGCACUCCCUGUCUACCUGGGGUAUACGAUCUGUUGUUUUUCCUUUCCCACUGGAGGUAUACACUAUGUAGGAUAGUAGUAGUAUUAAAGACAAGGAAUAACUUUUACUUGGAAAUUUUAACAUAUUACGCUAAAACUAUGAUUAAAAACUAUGAGCAAGAUGCAGGGAGGGGCCAGCUGGCUAGAUCACUUCCAGUUCAGCUGUCUCCUUGACAUCUUUCUUGGUUCUGAUGUAUUUAAGGCCAUUUGUGGGAGAACUGGUGGUUACAGCAUAAUUCACCCUCAUUUUGGGAAAACAGCAGGCUUCAUACAUCCGGCUCCCAAAUUUUCAGUUACAGGAAUACAAUUUGGCAUUCAGGGACUUACUUCAACUAUUCUUGAUCGUAGACAUUGUGUGGCAUUUCCUGCUCUGUUCCUUCGGAAUAAUAAACAUGAGAAAUGCCUGUUGGUUUUUAUUAUUAUUAUUAUUAUUUAUUACAUUUAUAUACAACCUUUAUCUUCCAAGGAUUUCAAGGUUCAUCCUCACAAAAACAUUGUGAAGUAGAUUAGGCGAAGAGAUGGUGUCUGGCCUAAGGUCACUCAGUGAGCUUCAUGGCUGAGUGGGGUUUUGAACCCUGCUUUCCCAGGUCCUAGUCCAACACUAACCAUUAUGCCACACUGGUUCUCUUUUUGUCAAACACCAGGGGCAUAAAGGUUCUAGAAUGUGUCUGAUGCUCUUGUCCUCAACAAUUCCUUUUUUUAAAUAGGAGUGAUUUCAUCAGUGGCAUUCAGUACCUCUUAUCAGCUCAGGAAUCUUGUGAUACUUCCAUACAGAGUUUAAGAAAAUAUUUUUAGCUGGCAGCUUCAAACUUCUAGGCCACUUGUGCAGCAUAAAGAAUCACUGCAUAUUGAAUUUUGUUCUGUUGAGAUGAGACACAGCUAUUGAAUGUCAAUUCUAGCUUGUAUGGAACUGAUCACGUAAGACCAGUGGGGACCUCUAGGGGUCCACGGCCCCAUCCUUUGCCUCCUCCCAACUAUUUUUCAUCAUUUUUGCAUGAUAACAUCACAAAUUUUAUUAUCUGUUUUACCGCUAUGCAAAUUUUCAAUAUAAUGGCAAAAAUCGGUUUUGAAAUCACACCACGAUAACGAUUUUUACCCAGCAUCGUGCAGCGAUAUAUUGUUAAACGCACAUGGGUGUAGCCAGGAUUUUUGUUGGGGGGGCAGGCUUUUGUCAUCCGGAGGAGCCUUGGAUGCCUAUAUAAAACACCAUAGCCCUACACUCGCUUACCUGGGAGUAAGGCCCACUGAACACAGUGUGGCUUUCUUCUGAGCAGACACUUCAUUAUUUAGUAGAUGCAAGUCAGCAGCACCAAAUGACCCUGCUCGGCUAGGAUGUCACCUCGUCCCUUGCAGAGCUGGGCCAAUGCUGUCGAUGGGCCCUGUGACCUUCAUCAACAUCCACUAGGUGUUGGGGUGGAUUGUACCCUGCACCUUGCAGACUCAGGCCCAGGCUGCCAAUGGGACUAUCACUGGCGGUAGCAACAAGUUGCUCUGGCUUGCCCAGCCUUACCCAUUGCCACCCUACCACCACAUUUUCGUAUAUUUAUCUUACAUCUUAUUAUUUAUGUGGAAAUUGCUCAGUUUGGUCAUGCACUUUUUGAUGUUUGUUUAUUGUUUACGACUAUUUUUGUUAUGUUUGUAAUUAUGUAUUUUUUAUGUUAUAAACCUCCUUGAGCAAGGUUUGAACUAUGGAAAGGAGGCAAACAAUUUUUUUAAGCUAUUUGUUUGCAGUAAACCUAGUAUUCCUUACCUGGUAGAAUGCUAUAGGUGUAUGUAUAGCAAAUGGACUUGGAGGUUGUUGUUGUCGUAGUAACAUUUAUAUCUUUUCAGUUGCAUAUUAAUACCUCUCUUAGUGUCAGAUUAAUCAGUGGGAGCAACUGAUUUAUUCUUCAAUUUAUAUUAAAUUCAAAUUCUUCAAUUUAUUGAAAUGAUUGUAGUUGUAUGUAAAUAGCUUUCAUACUUUUAAGUGCAGUAAAGGAAAUGGAUGGUUGCUCUGAAUUGAGGUAACUGCACAUUUAUUUCCUUGUAUUUUUGGAUUUAGUGCUCUUUUAAUUGUUUCGCAUUUGGACUGCACACUAAUACCUACUUAUAUACUUCACACUCCCCCUCCCUCCUUGUAUCCUAAGAAGUACAGGUUUUUUCCAGUGAGAUUUUUCCAUUGGCACUUUGUAAUGAUUUAGUAGGUUGAUAAUUAACUGAGGUUAAUACUUCAGCAAAUAGAACCGUUCCUCAUCUGCUUUGUCUUUGUAAAAUUGAUUCAAGUGUAAUAAGCACAGUUGCAAUCUCUGUGCUUUACAUAUACUGUGGCAUAUAUACAAAGCUGCUAAAACAGCAUUUGUUUCAUGAAAAGUAAAUAUUCUGUUAACUAGAAUGACAGUUUUACAUAUGGCUUACAAGCAUCAUCAUCAUCAUCAUCAUCAAGGAAUGCUUAUAAAGACCUUUGAAUGACUGUUCUUUGAGGUGCCAUUUGAAUGAUAGCAUAAAGAAAUGUAGUUUUAUCUGUGAUGGUUAUAGCUUUUUAGGAUUGUGUUGUGAACAUUAAGUUUGUCUUUUCUUCUCCAAAACUCUUUUGGAGGCUAUUGAAUUUCAUCUUUCUUUCCAGAAGAGGAAAAUUAGUAUAAUUGCAUUUUGUGCUACUAUAAAUAGUAGUAAAUGUUUACAUUAUGAAGCUAUUAUUUCUAUACAAAGUGCAUAUUCAGUCCUUUCCUGGGCUUGUUCAUUGUUCAGUAUUCUCUGAAUUACAAAGAGUAAUUGACACAGACAAGGGAGUAGAGGCCACAUCGAAUUGUUUGAGAUUUGAUUGUUUGAAAUCCAAUUCUUCAUUUCAGUUCACAUACUGGAAAAUUUUGACAAUACUUAAUUCUGUUGCAGGUUUUUUAUCUAAAUGCAAUCAAGACUGGAAUUCUCUUUUGUGACAGCUGGUUUUUUUCCUAGCUCAUGCUUUUCCAUUAUCCACCUCUCACCUUAUUUCCUGCCUUAUGGGUUGUCCGCAAACUGGUUUUCUAUUUUCCUAUAAUUAACCCUUGAACAGAAGUUAAGCCAGGGGUCAGCAACCUUUUUCAGCUGUGGGCCAGUCCACCGUCCCUCAGACCAUGUGGUGGGCUGGACUAUAUUUUGAAGGGGGGAAAAUGAACGAAUUCCUAUGCCCCACAAAUAACCCAGAGAUGCAUUUUAAAUAAAAGCACACAUUCUACUCAUGUAAAAACACACUGAUUCCCAGACCAUCCACGGGCUGGAUUGAGAAGGCAAUUGGGCUGCAUCUGGCCCACGGGCCUUAGGUUGCCUACCCCUGAGUUAAGCAAUCUGAAUCUCUUUUGCGUUUAAGCACAAAAGACUUAAAAGAAGAAAUACCGUGUCAUAACCAGUGACAAUGUAGCAACUGGGAGUGAUUUUGCUUUCUAAAAACAUCCCUGUCUGAUUACCUAUCUAAGAUUCACUUUCUUCUUGGAGGAAAGGUGAGAUAUAAAUAUAAUAAAUAAAUAAGUUGGUGAAAAACACGGGAAUUAUGGAUUUGAUCAUGGGAUGAAGCUCUUUUUCAAAAAAUGCUUGAUUGCAUUUUAUUCUACACAUCAUGAAACUGAUGUAUAGUAGGCUGUUAAUAACUGAAGUUCUGUGUCUGACUGUAGCUGCCCAGAAAUGCUAUGGUCUAAGUUCACUUUAUGAAAAUUGUCAUAGAGGAAAUUUAAAAAGUGACAGAUACUCAGGGUCCUCAUUUAGACCAUUAGUGGAAACAAACUGUAUGCAAAACAUAUAGUUAGUUUCUGCUAAUGGUCUAAAUGAAGACAUUGAAUACCUGCUGCUCAGAUAAUGUUCCUUGCAACUUUUUGUCAUCAAAUUUUCUUUCUGUCCUUGGCCAUCUCCCCACAAAACAAUGAAAAUGUUCCAGCACAGUGAUCUUAUUGCACAAAAUGAUUCACUAUUUUAAAAAUUAUGUGUGCUACUCAGAUGCUUACCUAUAUGUUUCUUGAGUGAUCCUUUGAGUUUGACUUACGUAAAAAAAUAUUUGCAAGGGAUCUUGAUAACAUACACCUCAUGUGUGCUGCUACAUGUGCAAAGGUUUCAAAAGUGUUGAAUGAUGUAAGAUUUGCUAUUUACUCUAUUCAUAAACAUCUACCAUUUACUGAUAUUUGUAAUAAGUGUGGUAUCCAGACAGAUGAUAUCCACAGAGUCUUGCACUUGUGGAUCAACAAAUCUUUUAAGAUCGCUUGUUCUUUUAUGUGCAAUCAGCAAACUUUUCACCCAGAAUAUCCACUACUAACUGCCAGUGCUUUCAAAUAAUAUUACAAAUAUUGUUGAUCACACAAUCUUAGAUCAGGCUGCAUGGAGAUUAGGUUGCUAUUACAGGUUGCUAUUGCAACCCAGAUUGCUAAAUACGUAUCCUUACUCUUGCUGAAGGCCCAUUUUUGUUGUAUCUGUGACUCACUGUGGAUACCUUCUGGUAGAUGGAAAUGGAGUGGCCAGAUACCAGGCUUUUUCUUCACAACCUCUUCUUCUGAAAUUACACGGAUGGUAUUUUUGUUAGGUGUUUGGAAAGAUUGCAGUUUAGAAUGUAAUUACAUAUGAUGUCCAUGCUGUAUGUGGCUUGCUUGGCAUAAUUUGCAGUGUGCACAAUUUUAGGUUACUACCGUAUUUUUCGCUCCAUAGGGCGCACCUGACCAUAGGGCGCACCUAGUUUUUAGAGGAGGAAAAUACGGAAAAAAAUAUUCUGAAUCAAAUGUUGCACUAAACUAUUUAAAGCAGCAAAGCGGGCGGCUCCUGUCCGCUUUGCUGCUUUAAACUGAGCCUCAGAGGAGGGUAGGAAGGGGAACCAUGGCUUAUCUAAGUCCAGUUAAUAAUGCUAAGCCUGACUUAUGGCCAUCGAGAUGAGCCUGGCCGUCUCAGUGGAAAUCUGGGGAGGCUGGGGUGGACUUUCAGUGGUCAAAGUGUGGUUGUGUCUUCCUGCCCGGCAAAUAUUUCCUGCCCUCUUUCCCCCCUGCACCCCCGCACCCUGCUUCGAGGGAAGGAAGCGGAGCCAUGGAUCCUCUGCUCGCAACUGCAGUGGAUUCCCUCCACUUUGAAGCAGGAAAGUGGGAGAGGAGCUGCUUACCUGAGUGUAAGCUGCUCCUCCCGCUUUGUUGCUUCAAAGGGAGCCCAGGAGGAGGGAAUCUGCUGCAGCCGCAAGCAGUGGAGGAUCCAUGGUCCCCUUCCUUCCCUCCUCCGUAGUUGCUUUGAAGGAGGAAAGUGGGAGAGGAGCUGCUUACACGAGUGUAAGCUGCUCCCCUCCCACAUUGCCGCUUCAAAGCAAUCACGGAGGAGGGAAUCCGCUGCAGCCUCUAGCAGCGGAGGAUCCAUGGUCCCCUUCCUUCCCUCCUCCGUAGUUGCUUUGAGGAGGAGAGUGGAGAGGAGCUGCUUACACGAGUGUAGCUGCUCCUCCCACAUUGCCGCUUCAGCAAUCACGGAGGAGGGAAUCCGCUGCAGCCUCUAGCAGCGGAGGAUCCAUGGUCCCCUUCCUUCCCUCCUCCGUAGUUGCUUUGAAGGAGGAAAGUGGGAGAGGAGCUGCUUACACGAGUGUAAGCUGCUCCCCUCCCACAUUGCCACUUCAAAGGGAGCCCGGGAGGAGGGAAUCUGCUGCAGCUUCCCCCACCUCCCGCAGAAGCCGUGCGCUCUUUAAAGGGGCUGUGCGGCUUCUCCUGGCUUUUCUGGGAGGUGGGGGGAUUCCCCCACCUCGUAGAAAAGCCUGCAGGAGCCGCACAGCCUUUAAAGAGGGCGCCGCUCUUGGGGGCUUUUCCCCCAGGAGGGAGAAGGGACUGAUGCGGCCAGUCAGUCCCUUCUCCCUCCUGGAGAAAAGCCCGCAAGAGUGCACGAAGCUUAUGUGCGGCUCUUGAGGGCUUUUCCCGCCUGCCUCCCCCCUGCAUUCGCUCCAUAGGACGCACACACAUUUUCCCCUGCUUUUUGGGAGGGAAAAAGUGCGUCCUAUGGUGCGAAAAAUACGGUAUAUUUUAUUUUUCUGGAUUGCUUUUUGCAAAUUGUCUUACUUUCCAAGCAAAGCCUAUUUCUUCUGAUACUCAGCACAGAUACUUUGUAGCAUGCAGCCAGUUUAUUCUUUGAAACUAUGACUGGUUUUAGUUUUAGAAUGUUUCCUUUUAAGCAACUUAAUGUGUAAAAGAAAUAACCAGAAUAGAUACUGUGUUCUAAUUUGCACUCCAUAAUUUAGUAGCAGUAGCUCCCACCACCCUUCAAACAUAUCUGAAGACUUAACUAUGUACAAACACUUUUGCAACCCGUAUUAACCACCAUGGUACAAAAGGAAUUAUAUUCAAAAGGAAUGAAUUUCUGGUACUUUGAAACAAAAUAUAGCCUUUAAAAACUGUUUCCCCCAAAAUUCAAAACUUCCUUGAAACAUAAUAACAUAAAAAUCAACAAUAAAUUGUUGUGUUCUAAAUAGCUAGUCACAUAUAGCUAUGAACAAAAGUCCUCUAGAUGAGGUGGGGGCCAAAAUCCUUGCGUUCAGAUGCACAUAAAUUGAAUAGGACAGGUAUGAAAAGGUGGAAAGCCUUUUCAGCUUGAGAGUUAUAUUCCAUCAAGUGCAACAGCUGUGAGAAAGGCAAAUUCCAUGUUAGGGGUAAUUAGGAAAAGGAUUGCAAAUAAAACAUUGAAUAUAAUAAUACCUUUAAAAAAAUAAUAUGGUUGCUACUACACUAGGAAUGCUGUAUACAGUUCUUGUUGCUGCACCUAAAAAGGAUAUUGUAGAGCUGGAAGAGAAGGCAACCAAAAUGAGCAAAAAGCUGGAGAAACUCCCCUGUAAGGUAGGGUUCCCAUAUUUGAAAAAGUAAAAACCAGGACACCCCAACAAUUGUUGACCAGAAUUUUUCUCUUGGCUUGCCUAAGAUCCAGGGCAAAGCGCCACAUUUCGGAAAUCCCCCCCCCCCGAUGUCAAUUCUGCCUUUGAAAUCUUGGUGAUGUCUGGGAAAAUCCGGAUGUAUGGCAGCCCUAUUGUAGGGAAAGUUUACAACAUCUGGUGCUUUUUAGUUGCUCUCCAGGAGAUAUCAUGGAGUUCAGCCCCCCCCCCCCAAAAGUGAAGACUUAAACUGGGAAAUACAUUUGAACAGAAUGAACCUUGUUGCAUCUUAAAGGCUUAAGAUUUAUUAUGAUGUAACUUUGCAUGGACUAUAGUCCACUUCGUCCGAUGCCACUGGACUCUUAGUUUUACUGCAACAGACAAACACAACCACCCCUUGGAAAUUAUUUGAGCACCAGGUCUUCUUUACCCUGAAAAUCCAAGAGGAUUGAUGGAUUCUAUUGCAUGUCUUCAUUUCAUAAUACCAUUUAAUCGAAUGAGAAAAUGUGGUAUUAUGCAGAGUUAACCAUAGUUCUGCUAAAAAUACACUCUAAACAUUCUCAUGCACAGGGAUCGCACAUAGUGUGCCAGUAAUGCAUCUUUAUUGAGACUUGAUUACACUUUUGUGGCUGAGUAUUAGAUAUAAAUAAUUGCUUAUGACAUCUCUAAGAAGUGGUGUAGCCUCAAGCUAUCUCUUAAAGCCCUUCCAAAUGGAAGAGAGGAACAAAUUAUAUCACAAGAAAACAAAAUAUGCACAGACAGAAAUCAUGCAUUAAACAUAGGGUGCUGCAAUCACAGCUGCUUUCAUAGCCUCUUCAAAUUACUGUUUUCCUUGUGUGCUGUAGUGGUAGACUAACAUCACAAUACAGGUUCAAUAGUACAACUUUUGCAAGUAGAUUUAGUGAGAGCUUAUAGUGAUGGGCAUAGAUGAGCAAAUGUGCCUACCAAUACUGAGAGCCUAAGGGGCAUUUCAUAGAACAGUAGUAUUUGUCCGAACUACACCAGCCUUUUCUACAUCAGACGUGUAGAUUUUUAAUGGUAGGUACAUUCUAGUACAUUUCAUUUAUCAUGUUUAUUUCCUGCCUAUUCUCCAAGAACUUCCAAGCGAGUGCAUGGACCCUCACCCUUUUAUCCUCACAACAACUGUUAGGUAGAUUAGGCUGAGAGAGAAUGUCUGGCUUCUUUCUGUUUAUCCUGCUGUAUCAGAGGUGGUAUUUCCUGCAGUAGACAUAACUGUUGUUUAAAGUGUGAGGGAGCUUCAACAGACUUAAGAUAAUUCCAUGGCUGUUCACAGAGGGGCACUAAUAAUGUUGGAAGGGCAAAUGGCAAAAGUCUCCUUGCAAACUAGAACAGCCCUCCAAAAUGGGAAUCGGUUUUGGACAUGGGCCUUCAGAGGACCACAUGGUGGAUAAACUGUCCACUACAUAAUAAGGCAUUCCUCCACAAUAAAUAGAUGUGGGGCCCAAGUUGGUCUUAUAUCCUUUGUGGUGUAUUUUAGCUCUGAUUAACACAGCACCACGUUCCCUCAUAAUGUGGGAAGACUAGUAUUUUUAUAUGAAAUAGAAUGAAUGCACAGACACCACUUGGAUGGCUUUAUAAGAGGAUUCAACUAUUCCAGGGAGGAGAAGGUUAUCAAUAGCUACUAGCCACGAUGCCUGUUUUACCUCCAUUGUUGGAGGAAGUAUGCCUCUCAUGUGCUGAGAAUCACAAAUGGGGAGAGUGCUGGUGCUCUCAGUUCCUGCUUUGAGACUUACCACAGGCAUCUGUCUGGACUCUGUGAGAACAGGACGUUGGGCUUUUGGGCUGCUGCUCCUACAUUCUUAACAACAUUUCAAAAAAUUUUACUCCUCUAAGUAUUUUUGAAAUGAUGACAUAGUUGAAGCUUUGUUUUAAACUAACUCUGGGAAGUGCUGUGUUAACCCAGUGUAGCAAUUCAUAGCCAACAAGUAUGUAAACUUUUCAAAAAGUUCAUAAAAUGAUGUAAGCUUGCUGGAGGGAGAGGAGGCUGUUAUUCCCUGGGUAUUGCUGUGAUGUCAUUAAUGACAAGUGCCAAUGUAACAUGCCCACACAGCAUUGCAGAAGCAAAGGAUAUGCAGCUUGGAGAAAGUCACUUCUUCCUAGGAACAAAACCCCAGGGCUGGGAAAAUACAAGAUCCCUGCAAUUCAAUUGCAAGCUGGAAGAAAUGUUGUUUAUAUAUAAUGGGUAGUAAUUAUGUUGGAAAUUUAGUAAAGCCCUAAUUGUCACUAUUAAAAGGCAGAUCCAUUGGCCUCAGUUGAAUAUUUUUGCCAUUAAUCUUAAUGUAAAACCUUGGUUGAGUGACAUGAUAUGAAUGUCCAGUAUAUGUCAACUACAUUAUUAGUUGCAUUGUUGUGUAGAACAGGGUUCUUGAGCACUGUGGAAACCAAAUACCCACUUUGUUUUGACUGGAAGGCUUGGUAAAGAAUGUCUUUCUGCAGUUGAAAAUUCAGUUACAAGCUUCACCUGAGAUAAUCUGUAUGCAAAGGCUUCAGAUCGGCUUUCUUUGUACUUGCCUUUGAGAAGUUAUUUAAAGCAAGAUACAGUGGUACCUCGGGUUACAGACACUUCAGGUUACACGAUUUUGGUUGCGCACUGUGCCAAACCUGGAAGUACUGGAACUGGUUAUUUUUGGGUUUCGGCGCUUGGUCAGAAACACCAAAUCGCAACCCGCGUGUGCGCAGACGCGGUUCUGCGGGUUGCGAAUGCUGCAGGUUGUGAACGUGCAUCCCACACGGAUCACGUUCACAACCCAAGGUUCCACUGUACUGAUUAUUUCUUCUGUUUAUAACAUGGGAGAUUUAAAAGACUGUUUUUAAAAAAUCAGAAGUUGAAGAGAUUGUAAUUUGAUACUGGCUUUUUAAAAAACAAGAAAUUGCCUUAUAAUCAACAUAAAGUAUAUACUAUGCACAAUCAUCUUUUGUUGCUUUCAUUAGUUGUUCAUCCUUCAAGUGGGUUAGUGUCUUUUGGCAUAUGUCUGAGGUAAAUUUUAUAACAGAAAUCGGAAAGAUAUAUUAUUGUAAAGGCAUAGCUUCAAAUAAGUGUUUUCUCCCUUUGCCCUCACAAUUUAAAAUGACUUUCUUGUUGCACCAGUCUUCGCACCCACUACAAAUACAAACGUGUGCUCCUACACAUAAGCUACUGUUUGAGCAGAACCAAUGAAAGUAACUCCAAGCCAUUUUCAUAGAGAAAGCCUCAACAGGAUUACAGCUGCCUCUAAUAGAGUGACCACAUGAACUAUAAAUGAGAGCUUCCCAUCUGUUUGGAAGCUGGAAUCCAGUAGGCAUAUACAUUUAUAUCUCACUUUUCCUUCAAGGUAGUAUAUAUAGUUUCCCCCAAUCUUAUCCUCAAAUCAACCCUGUGGAGCAGGUUAGGCUGUGAGAGAAAAUUGUGCAAGGUCACCCAGUGAACUUAAUGGUGGAGUGAGAUUUUCAACCUGAGUCUCCCUCAUUCUAGUCCAGCUCUCUGAUAACUGUACCACAUUUGCCUACUUGGUACCCUUAUCACUUUACCCCCAACGGUGCACUGCUCCAUUGUCUCCCAAGACAGAUGGAUGCCAAACAGCUAGAAGCUGACUCAAACCUCUAACAAGCUCAUCCUGCUCCAUGUUAGCUUUGGGGUGCUUUGAGAACAGACAAGAUAGUUCUUAAUGAGAUUGCAGCACAGGUGUGCCCUUUGCACACAUGAAGUAUCAGGCUAUACUUUAUCAUCAUUCACUCGUAUUCACUGCAGCUCUGCCAAUAUCACAUAUCACUCCUUUCCAAUCUGCUGUCUAAUUGCCUGAAACAACUUGUGUAUGUUCAAACUGCUGUUCUCCUUUUAUGCAUAAUCCACCUCUUGGGAGAUGCCAUUCUGCUUCUUUCAAAGCCUCCAUGGACCUAGGUUGCUACUGUUUAGGCUGCUGGCUUGAGUUCUUAAACAUGUUUUAUGCCUAAUUACACUUAAGAGCUCUCUCCCUUGCUUUUCCUUUUCAGUAAGUGAUAGGUUUACUCUUGUAUAUCCUAAGGAGACAAGUUGAUUUAUAUUUUGGUGGCUUGUAAAGAGCCCCUGCUUUCAUUUAAGUUGAAUUGGCCAGUGAAGCUCUGUCUUUGAAGGGCAGGUCUUUCAGAAGCAGUUGAUUUCUUAACUUCUAAUGACGUUUCUUUUGGUGGAAUACUAAUACUGUAAAAGAGAAGUAAACUCAAAAAGACUUUUAUUCUAUAAACCCACAGUCAAAAUUUAGAGGGCCAUAUAUGUAACUUGGUAAGUGUGAGAUUGUGGCUCCACUCUUCAGAAUCUCAUAUUCAGCACAUAAUUUGGCAUCCUGAGUUUUUCCAAAAUGUAUCUAGACUUCAAUUAUGGAGAAAAUACUGGAGGUCUGCUAAUGUUAUAUCUUGACAAGUAAGAAGUUAGAGGGAAAGGAAGACAAGUCGUGACUUUCACUAACCAAUAAAUCAAGUCUUCCAUAUCCUGUUCAGCUGUUUGUUUCUCUCCACUCCCUGCCUUAGUUUCCGUUCAUCUUCCGCCCCACUUAAAACCACCUUCCCAUUAAUUCCACCAUCCUUGAUCCAUUUUUAUUAAAAACAAUCCAAACAAAGGAACAAAACAAAAACAGUUGCUGAAAAGAGGAGUUCCGAAUUAAAGGUUCUUAAGCUCAGAAUCUGAAAUGGAUAGCACACAGCCCCUGGUACAUAUAUUUGUAUCAUUUUUCUUUCUGUCUUUUUUCAACAAAAGCAACGGCUAAAGCUUUUAUGAUUUUCAGAGUGGUGAUAUAUGUAACAGUGAGAGAGUGACAAGAGAGUCAAACCCUUCAGGACUAGGGAUGUCUGGCAACCUUGCUCUAGAGACUGAUCACUAUAGCUAUAUGUUCUUCUUGAACAAUUCAGCUACUUCUGUAGUGCAGAGCAAGGAUGUGCUUUGAAACAUUGGCUGGGAAUUUUAAUACAGCAAUGUAGAUGCAAGCAUAAUUAUGCCAAGAAGAGGACUGGAGGAACAGAAGGAGGCUGCAUUUAAAAGCCAUGCAGACCAACCCUUCAAAAAGAGAGGUGAGUUGGAACUGUCUUAUUUAAAAAUGCCAGGUGUUUUCCCUUCCCCUUCCCCUUUCAUCUUGUUUUAUGCCUUACUUAAGAGCUAGCGCUAUUUGCUGUGCCAUCUUUGCCUGUUUCCUACCACUUCUUCCUUUACCCUCUGUCAAGUCACAACUAUCUAAAUGAUAAUAAUACUAACAAAAUCCACUGGAAUUCCAAACUAGAAACCAUAUUAUUUAUAGAUGUUCUCCACAAACCCUACAUGGACAUACCCUCCUACGCUUUGCUGAUGAGACAGCAACAUGAACAAACAUAUUUAAACACGAGGACUAUGCAUGGGGGGUGAGUGGGGCAGCUCAACCUUCUGGUGUGAUGUGGGCAACACAGUCUAGAUUAGGCUUCCUCAAACUCGGCCCUCCAGAUGUUUUUGAGACUACAAUUCCCAUCAUCCCUGACCACUGGUCCUGCUAGCUAGGGAUCAUGGGAGUUGUAGGCCAAAAACAUCUGGAGGGCCGAGUUUGAGGAAGCCUGGUCUAGAUUCAAAUGGGCCACAAGCUGAAAAUGGAAACUAAAAGUGCAGGCAAGCAGUUGGCUCCAGAUGGCACACAAGCCUGCAUGUAGCACUAAGUCAUGGUUUAGUGUUACAAGGAUAAGAUAACUUGCCUGUGAGUCCUAGAAAACUUGUUCUCUGCCUUGUAGGCCUUUUCCACCUCGCAUGGGGGCAUGGGGCCCUAACUGACUCCAGCUACAAAUAUGUAGCUGAGGCUGCUGAAUUGACUCUUGGGCUGGGUUGUUGUUUGAGGGAUUUUGGCUGUGGGGGGUGUUGGUGUUGUUAAUGCUCUUUUUUGGAUCUUUAUUACAUAUAUUAUUGUGAUUUAUGUGAAUUUUUUUCAGUUUGGUUGUGUAUUUUUCAUGUUUUAUUUAUUGUUUAUGACUACUUUUGUUAUGUUAUCAUUACAUAUUUUUCCAUGUUGUAAUCUGCCUUGAGCAUGUUUGAACUGUGGAAAGGUGGGAAAUAAAUAAAAUUAUGUAUGUAUGUAUGUUUAAGACAUAAUGGCCCUCUCUGCCUCCAGCACAGCCACAAAACAGAGAUUGGAAGUUUAGAUUAACCACAAUGUAGUAUGUUGUCCAAACUCUAAAUUGUUGUUAGUUUUAAACUGAUUAGUGGAAAGAAAUCAGCUUUGUAAAUUAUGGUUGAUUAGUUUUCCACUUACCAGUUAGUCUUAACUGCAGUUUGGGUUCAGGUGACGCAGCAAGCUGUGUGGUUCAUCUGAAGUGGAAGUAAAUGCUUCCAAACUCAUCUGCAGCCACACUGGAAGGAGAGAGCGUAGGAUGUGAGCCCUACCUGCUCUGGAUUAAACCCAAAACUUUCUGUAUGCAAAGCAUGUGCCCUGUCACUAAGUUUACAGCUCCACCUGUAAUCCUAUAUAGUAAACUGAUGUAAAUAAAUAAUAUCAAGAAUACAACUCUAGUAGGAAACCUCUUUGUGUUUCUACUCUGGGCGUCAGCAGUAGCUAUCAUAGGCAAAUGAGGACUAUUGGAGAUGGGGGGGGGCGUUUCCCUGAGAAAGGAGUUUUAAAUUUGUGAUUGUCUCAGCAAAAUUUGGGCAGUUGAAGAACUGGGUAGCCAGUUCAUUUGCAUUUGUUGCCUCUGUUGUCCAUGAAAAUAAAAGUCCAGUUAAUAAAUGCUAAAUUGCAAAGUGAGCUCAUUCCAGAGCUCAGGCACUCAAGCAGAGUCUCCAAUAUGCUAGCCCAAAUUACACUUUUGGAAUGGCUCCUAUGCCUUUUUAACAGAGAUCCAAUAUGCAGAAUGUAUCAGGAAAGCACAGCUGCAGACUGCAGUCCCAAGCCUCGCCCACUAAGGAUUGCAUCACUUUUCUCUGUGGGACAAUUUCUCUUCCAGUAUUUUUGUAUGUGAGGCAAUUGUUAAAGAUACAGGAGCUUUGCCUGAAAAGUUGGCAACAUUAGUCAUAUGCCUCAUAAAUGGAAUGUGGAAGGGGGUCUGCUGUAGCUGCAUAAGUAUAUAUUUUAAUAAAGCUGUCACUAGAAACUACAGAUUCUAAUAACUUUUUUAAAAUGUGUCAAAUUUGGCCUUUCUAAUGUGUAUUAUUUCCACCUCUCUCUUACUGCUUCAUACUCUGCUGUUUGUUUCAAUUCAUCUUUCCCUUGGGGGUUGUGCUGCACUUGGGAAUAAAGUUAGCUUAACAUUUAGCCAGAAAGCUCUAGCUGCAAAUGAAUAUCUUGGCAAAUGUGUUUCAAAUGACAUCUUGCUUUCCAAAUUCUGCCUUACGUGAACCAUUCAUCUUUAUUGAUAUAUAUUUCAUAAGUUUCCGCUUAUGUUUCUUAAUUGAUAUUUGAAUAAUCAUGUAAGUUCUACUCCAGCCAUCACUGACUGUCAAUGCAAGAUUUCUUACUAGUUCUGUUAAAUAAAUGCCUGCUUAAUUUAUAUGAGAGGCUGUGGACAGCACAGGUGAAUGGGGAUGUUUAGUCCCUCCCCUCUAACUGCUAUUCACUGUUGGUGAAAGCAAGAAAAUAGUGUAUGUGCCAGCAGAAAAAAAAAACCUAUUGUCCAUAAGUAAGCAUCUGUUAACGUACAUUGUUCCCAACUCUCUCUCUAGAACAGCCAAAAGGAGGUUCCCUAUAGAAUAUAUGUUUUUUUAUCGAAGAGCUGUAAUGAUGACUUUACAAAUGGCUCAAAAUUCACCACAAAUUAUUUAGUAUGUGAUCUGGUGCAAAAACUUUUACUGUAGCUCUGUGCAGCUCUGCUGCAAGCUGUUCCAUCCCUCCAAUCUAACAGCCCUAAUUAACCAGAUGGAAUUUUUAAACUAAUAGUAUAGUAACUUGAGGAGGCUUGUAUCUGAUACCGUAGUUUGGAGACAAGGCUUUUUGAGAAAGGGUUCCUGCUUCCUCAGUACCUUUUGGUAGUGAAAAUGAUGUGAUAGUCAAAUACAGAGUAUCAGUUAAAGUUGUGAUAGGAUCUUCAUAAGCAAUCAGCUUUAAAAGACUCAAAAUAAAAUUAUUGUGAAGUGGGGUGCAGUGAUUAAUUUUGAAGGGAAUAGGUGUCUGGGUUCAUGCUUGGUGGGAACUCGUGUCGAUCAGUCCUGGAAGGCAUCCAGUGUAGGGUAGCUUAUUGGUUGAAAUACACUUUUCUUUAUUAUUUCAUAUCUACUUCCUUAACAUGGAGGCAAUGCCAGAAGUAGAAGGCUAUACAGUGGUGCCCCGCAAGACGAAUGCCUCGCAAGACGAAAAACUCGCUAGACGAAAGAAUUUUCCGUUUUUUGAGUCGUUCUGCAAGACGAAUUUCCCUAUGGGCUUGCUUCGCAAGACGAAACGUCUUGCGAGUUCUUGCGAGUUUGUUUCCUUUUUCUUAAAGCCGCUAAGCCGUUAAUAGCCGCUAAGCCGCUAAUAGCCGCUAAUAGCCGUGCUUCGCAAGACGAAAAAACCGCAAGACGAAGAGACUCGCGGAACGGAUUAAUUUCGUCUUGCGAGGCACCACUGUAUUAUGUUAAAGUGUAUUUUGUAUUUUGCCACACUGCUGCAAAAACAAAGGCUCCAGUAAUGAUUUGGUUAAUACAGAUGGCUAGAAUUUGUCUACCUGUUCAUGCCAAAUUUAAAUUGUGUGUUCUGGCAAACUAGUUGUCAUAAAUAAAACCAGUGUGUAAUAUGUAUCUAACCUAUUGCAGGAUUAAUUCCAAUAAAUUGUUUUUAAAAUGUGUGGCCAGUAUUUAGCUAGUCAUUUGAACUAAUUUUAAGGGUUUUUCCCCUCAAACUCAGUCUGUGAUGAAGAGCUUAAAUAGCUCAGUUGGUUAGAGUAUGAUGCUGAUAAUGCCCAAGGUUGCUGGUUCGAUCCCUGUAUGCAAGGGGUGCCCAAACUUUUUCCAGAGAGGGCCAGAUUUGAUAAAGUGAACACUUGGGGGGGGGGGGGCGACCAAAGCUGUUGAGCUUUUUUUUUUUGGAUUUUAUCCCAGGACAUAUACUGCCACAGGGGCCAGAUUAAAUUGACUGGCGGGCCAGAUUAGGCUCCCAAAACAGACUUUGGACAUGCCUGCUGUAUGGGAUGACUGCAUAUUCCUGCAUUGCAGGGGGUUGGACUAGAUGAUCCUCAGUCUUUUCUACAAGUCUAUGUUCUUUGUUUCUAUGUUUACAUUGUCAUAGGUGCAUUGGAUGUAUUACAGUUGGCUGAACAUUUUUAGAUUUGAUUGAUUUUAAUGGAAGACUUGUAUGUUCUUUAACUCUGUGAUCAAGGAACUGCAAGAUUUACUUUGGUUGGAUCAUGUGUUCCGGGGUUGUAUUUGAUCUGUAAUAGACAAAGUAUUUUUUAGCUACAGAACAAGAAUAAGCUUGAUAGUAUAGAACUUGUACACCUUGCUUUUUGCUUGUUGAAAAGAUUAUUUUUAUUAAGCCACACCUAUUUUAAAGGCUUCUUGCAUGAUUAAUAAUACAGUGGUGCCCCGCAAGACGAACGCCUCGCAAGACGGAAAACCCGCUAGACGAAAGGGUUUUCCGUUUUGGAGGCGCUUCGCAAAACGAAUUUCCCUAUGGGCUUGCUUCGCAAGACGAAAGCCCAUAGGGAAAUCUCCGGGACCUCUUUUAAAUGCUAGCGGUGGGGAGCAAAGCCUUCCCCUCCGGCCUUCAGAAGAGGUCCAGGAAGGCUGGCGGGGGCCGAAUGGCUUUGCUCCCCACCGCCAGCAUUUUAAAAGCAGUCCGGGAUAGCAGGGAAGCGCUUCCCGCUAUCCCGGACGGCUUUUGAAGGCAGGAGAGGUCCGCUGAGCCUGGGCGCGCUGAUCUCAGCGCGCGCAGGCUUCGCAUGCCGGCAACUCUCCGCAAGCAGCGGCAGCGCUGCCGCUGCUCGCGGAGAGGUCCGCGAAGCCUGGGCGCGCUGAUCUCAGCGCGCGCAGGCUUCGGCAUGCCGGCAACUCUCCGCAAGCAGCGGCAGCGCUGCCGCUGCUCGCGGAGAGGUCCGCGAGCCUGGGCGCGCUGAUCUCAGCGCGCGCAGGCUUCGGCAUGCCGGCAACUCUCCGCAAGCAGCGGCAGUGCUGCCGCUGCUUGCGGAGAGGUCCGCGAAGCCUUGGCUGGACAGCUUUGAAGGCAGGUGGGGGACAAAGACUUUCGCCCCGCCAACCUUCAGAAGAGGUCCAGGACCUCUUCUGAAGGCUGGCGGGGGCAAAGUCUUUGUCCCCUGCCUGCCUUCCCAGGGGCUUUGAAUUGCCCCGGACAGCGGAGAAGUCCUCCGCUGUCCCGGGGCAAUUUUAAAUGCCGCCCGCCAGCAUUUUAAGAUCGCCCGGACAGCGGAGAAGCCCUCCGCUGUCCCGGGUUUUUAAAAUGCUGGGGUGGGUGGGAAGAAAGCCCUUGUCCCCCCCAGCCUUCAGAAGAGGUCGGGGACAGACUGUCCCCGGACCUGGUCUGAAGUCGGUUUCCCUAGGAACGCAUUAAUUGAUUUUCAGUGCAUUCCUAUGGGAAACCGUGCAUCGCAAGACGAAAAACUCGCAAGAAGAAAAAACUUGCGGAACGAAUUAAUUUCGUCUUGCGAGGCACCACUGUAAUCUUAUUUCUUUUGGGAGCCUUAGAGCCUUUCAGUAAGGCCUCUUAUGCAAAUUCUGAAAUGAUGUGCGCCUUUUCUUCCCAUUAGUAUUGUUACUGGGUAUUGAGCCAUAUAUGUGCACAUUACAUUAACAAAAGGGACAAUAAAUUACACUGAGAUUUAACAAUUACACAAAGGAACAAUUACAUAGGUGGAGACAGUGAAUAGUGGGGGUUGAAUGCAACUAAGUUGUUGCACUAGGAGAAGCCAGCACAGUGAGUCCUCUAACAGGAGUCCUCCUGCCCCUCCUGAAAUCUGUUUGGGAGGGUUGGGAGAAAUCUCAGAACAGCACACAGUGUGAGGAGGGGGGAGAUUGUUCCAUCUGGCUAGCAGAAAUGCUUGCAAUGCCUGAAUGAGCUCCUUAGUGCAGCAUUGAAUCCCACCCUUAGACUAGAGCUCCAUCUGCUGAUGUAGAAUUAGUUCUGCUUCAGACAACUUAAGGAACCCUUCUUUAACUUGAGGAGGCUGUUUUUAAGGUUUUUUCCUGAUUUGUUCAAGUGUAGAUGUUUCUAAUAUUGUUUCAGUAUUUAGAGUUCAUAAUGUAGCAGCUGAACUGAAUGAGUGCUUGCAUGAUAUGUGUUACUAUACUUGAAUUCAAAACAUCUCUUCUAAAUUCAGUGGUCUUUUUAAAAAGUCAUGUUUUUUAGUUACAGGUAGGUAGCCAUGUUGGUCUGCCGUAGUCGAAAGAAAAUAAAAAAAUUCCUUCCAGUAGCACCUUAGAGACCAACUAAGUUUGUUAUUGGUAUGAACUUUCGUGUGCGUGCACACUUCUUCAGAUCCAUUGAAACAGAAGUUACCAGACCCUUAUAUAUAGUGAGAGGGUGGGGAGGGGUAUUACUCAGAAGGGUGGUGGGAAUAGGUGAUUGACUGAUAGGUGUGGUAAACCUGUUGGCAGCUCUUUUUUGGAACAUUGAUAAGGUGGUCCUGAUUUAUGGGCUCCAAAGGAGUCCUUUGUCAUUCUGUGAAAUCAUGAUGAAAUUGAAUGACCAGUUGAGUUGAAAACAUAGGUAUGUGUGCUAAAACACAUGACAAAAUUUAAAUUAGAAAUUUUCAAGAGAGAACACUACGAAUACAGAGAACAGUACCAAGAAUUUGGUUGGCGCUAAUUUUAUAUUCUGGAUUGUUGGUAUUUAUUUUCUUGUGCCUGUUCUGUUGCAGCAUAUUUAAUUUUGUAAACUGUGUUAAUUUUUUUUUAAAAAGUGGGAUAAAAGUAAACUAAACACUUCUGCCUUUAAAUUUGGCCCCAAAGACUUGGCAGUAAGCCUUACUCUUAUUUGGGUAUGGGGUGGAGAAGCAGGUUCAUCAAUUCUCACCAUGGUUUUCUGAUCUAACAAGAAUAGAAACUGGUUAAAAAUAUUGUUCUAGAAGGAGAUGGAAGCUGCUCUGAUCUUGAAGUGGUCGAAUUUAGCAAGCUUGAUUCAUUGUCACUAGCUGCAGAGGCAAAAAAAUUCCUUGCAAAAAGCUCUCAUAAACCGAGGUCCUGUGAGUUAUUAUAGCUAAUGUGAAUGUGCUGCUUGCUGGUAGAUACAUCACAAAAUCCAUUGCCAUCUCAGGAGCAGCAAACCUUGGCAUGUUGUGUCAUCUAAACUCCAGGUAGUUUUCUCUAAAAAAAACUUUGGCUACCACUCAUGGUUUGUUUGCAUGGAAGCCAAACUUUCUGGUUUGUUCCUUGGGGCCCAGGGAAGGCCAAAGCAGACACUUUUGAGCAGCAUGCCCCAAUGUACUACUCCUUCACACUAAACCAUAGUCAAAUGUUAACUAUGGUUUACUGCAGGGGUUACCAGCAUGGUACCUGCAUGUGUGUCCAGAGAGGCCUUCCAUUGUGCCCACAGAGCCACUUCCCCACCACACACCUCCCACCCAUGAAAUUAGGCUUCAAAGAAGCAGUCUGUUUUAGCCAAUAGACUGGGUUUCAGUAUGCGAUUAGUUGCAGGGUGGCGGGGGUGCCCAUGACAGUUUAUCCAGUUUGCAGGUGUGCCUAUGGGCCAAAAGGGGCUAUGACCCCUCGUUUAACAUGAUGUGCUAACACAGUCAGUGUGUAUUGAGGGGCAGUUAGUAGCAGCAACAUGGAGGGUUAAUAAUAAAUGCAGCAGUCAAAUUAUCAUGAAAGAUCACUCAGGCAAGUUCAAAGUCUCUCUUAAAAAGAAGAUAAGGUAGCCUGCUAUCAUGAGGCCAUCAAAGGACAAGUAAAGUAAGUUUCCCUAUGGAGAGAGUUGCAUAGUUUUGAUGCCACUGCCCCAAAUUACCACUUAACAUCCUUUAGAAGACGGAGACACAGAAACCCAGAACUCCAAGUGUGGGUGUUGAUGGAGGCAGGUAUGUUCAUAUGGGAUGGGGGGAGCUGUUUCCAAGUCAUCACUAUUAAAGCUAAAAUGUAGUCUGUAGUGUAGCUUUUUUGCCUUCCCUCUGGGUAAAAAACAAACGUGGUGUUGGUCUUCCUAUAUCUGUAAGGAAGAAAUCAUCUUUGCUUGCAGUUCUGUUACCAAAAAAAAAAAAAAGGAACUCCAGCUUUGUUUUUCUCUGUCAGAGGCUGGGAAUAUUUUUAGUGGGCUUCGUGACACAGCUGAAGAUUGUUCAUGUGACACACAGAGCAGUUUGCUUGUUAGGAGUCGCCCUCUCUUUCUGGAACAUCCACUCAGAGCUCUGCCAACAUGCCUAGGGUGCCCCUGCUUCAUAUUCUAUUCAUACUGCAUUGGCAGGACAGAAUUCAGUCUAACAAGGCUAGAGCAACAUUCUGCUUAACCUUACUCUCUAGGACAGCAUGUUCAAGCUAGGGAGAAGCCUUCGGCUUUACUGCACGUUCUUUUGCUUGUUUCAGAGCCAGCAUGGAAACCUCGACAUCCUCUUCUGAUACAGUAUGUUUUGUUACCCUCCCUUCUUUAGUGGUGCUUUUGCUAAAGUUCUAGUGAGAGAAAGCUCAACAUGCAGAUAGGCAUUGAAUACAUGCAAUGAAGCAUUCCUUCAAAAGAUGCUCCAUUCAUUUCUGAAAUAGCUGCUGUCUGCUUUUUUUUUUCUUUUCAUUCUGUCGUAGACUUACACUAAAGUCCUGGUUAUCCAGGCUGAUCGAGAGCAUGAAAUAUGUCAGAAAUAUAUAGCAGGCAUAAACCAUAUUCAUCAUGUAGAAGGAUUCGAAAGUGGGAGGCUUGGAUGAAUGACUUUAGCCAUACCUUUUCUGUUGUGCAUGCCUGCUUGGUCUGUUUUGGAACUGUAAUGAGAUGGACUUGAAAUGGUUUUAUGGUGGUGGUUUUUGUACCAUUUGUGUCAUAUAAAUAGUGCCAGUAAUAAAUGGUGUGUUUGUGCACAUUUUUUUGCUUGCUUUUAUGAUGGAAGAAUAAUUGGGCAUCAUAAAGCUGCCCUUUUCUAUGAAAUAAAUCAUAAUACAAAAGGUUCUUGUCCCUUUUCAUCCUCAUUAGAGCUGUUUGUAGUUAUGCAAAGUGAUUUCCCCCCCUUAGGGCUUUGAGGUCAGUCUUUGCUUUAGCAACAAACUGAAAUUCAAUCUGCAUGAACAUGUUAGAAUUUCAGAAGGGUAAAACAUAGGUUUGUCAUUGAGUAGCAUUUAUAUUUUAGUUAAAACAGAGUUUGCCUCUCUUCUGUCUAUCUAGAUCGUGCAUUUAUUGGCAGUAUUAACAGGCAAAUAUGGAAUGAGGUACUUUGAUUAUGAAAUUGGAAUGUUUGGUCCUCACUGCUCUUAAUAUAGUAAAAGUUGGUUUCCUAAUCAGCUUAUGUUAGAUCUGGUAAUAUUCCUUAACACAGCCAUUUGAAUGAACUUAAGAAAUCCUCUCACCCCCAUGACUCCAGUAAGAAUUUAUUUCCUUUGUCCUAUGGUUACUCUUUCCUUGUUGUUUGAGUUUGCAGAAAGUUUUGGUUUAUUUGAUUAUUUUUUGUCAGUAUGGCUGAAUCACAGUUUGUUUGCUCAGAGGUUAUAAAAGUUCAGUGGCUUGUGGCAUUGUGCAGCUUUAAAGUCAGCUACCAGUUGUAUCAGGAGAUGCAAAAAAUGGGGGGGGCGUAGAGGAGUAGUUUCAAAUAAGAAAUACAUAGGAAUGAAAAUAAGAGAAUGACAUACUGUAUUUGUUCUCUGUGCUCUUGUUCCCAGAACAGAGCUGCUUUGUUGGGGCUUAAACAGUGAAAAUAGAGAGCAUUUAAAGUUCCUUUCAUUUGCUGUGGAAUGAGUGAUACGUAGUUAAAAUACAAUGCAUAAUCGUUGCAAAUUAAAGAUGGGUAGUAAGAGAUUAAAUUGGAAGAAGGUAACUGUAAUACAACAAACAUCUCCAAAGCAGAUUAGUCUGAUUAUUAGUGACUUGCUCAAGACCAGUGAAUUUUGUGGUCCUGUGGGAUUUUAACCCAAGUCUCCCUUGUCAAAGCUCAACACUCUUAUUUAUUCAUAAGACCACACUGAUUUGCUGACAUUUGCUUUCUAGCAUGAUCAUAAAGUGAUGCCAGUCACCACCUCUCAGUCACAAGGGUUCUUAUGGGGAUUGAUAGAGAUUGGGGGGGAAUCAAUUAUACCACUUUGAGCUUCUUGGAGGUAAAAGUGGGAUAUAAAUGCAGUAAAUAAAGAAUAAUAAAUAAAACUUGGCAGACAGGAAUACAUUUGAUUCUCAGUGGUUCCCACUAAGUUCUGUGGAAUAAAGUGAGCAGGUUACAGUUGGCAAGUUGUUGGAAGUGGCACAACCUGUUCUUUCGUCCUGUCCUGCCGGGAAGCAGUUCAGCUGGUUCAGUGAUGUUCUUGAGUAUAUUGGUUGCAUUUCCACCCAUAUAAGUGGCUAUAACUUCCUCUCCUAAGUAUUGUGCUUAGGUGCAUUGUUGUGGUUUCUCGAGGCACCUGGUUGGCCACUAGGUAAAGCAGAAUGGUGGACCUUUGUCUGAUCCAGUGGGACUCCAGUGUUGUGGGAGCAAGGCCUGUUCUUAAUGCUUGUAGCCUCCAUUGUGAGGAAUCUUAAGGGCCAGGUAGUGGUGAUGCAAUACUGGUUGUGUAGAAACAAAGUACUGUACUGCAGUUGUCUAAAUUUCUGGACCUGUGAAGAAAGCACCCACCACACAGGCAUGUUGCGCCUCUUUUCCCCUCGUGGUCCCUACAAUAUACUGGCCACAAACCCUGGCAUUUUUUUAGAAGUUGAUUUUGCCAUCAGCCCAAUUUAUGUAGGGCAUAUACUUCAUCUCUUAUAUUCAUAUCUGUCAAAUUGUUUUGCUGCUUUUUGCGAAUGCUCUGCUUCAUGUAUAAAAACCACCCAACCUGGCAGUUGGAUUUCACGUACUGAAGGGACAGCAUCCAUCACUGCACUUGAGGAUGGGCGGCUAGCUUAGGGGCUCAAGGCAGGCCACUGCUCCAUCCUCCAGCACCUCACUGUUGCUUCCUGCCCUCCAGCAUACACAGCCUGAGGUAGCUGCCUCAUCCCACGUAAUGUUAGGGCUGACCCUGAAAUCAGUGGUACAGUUGCUUAUCCUAACAACACCAUAUUCAUUAUUCAUUUCUACAGCUGCAAGUAUCUACAAUUCUUCUCUCCAGAUGAGGUGGGUUAGCAACAAGCAGUAGGAUUUGUUUAGGGCCUGGCUUUAUAAUUAUAAUUAUUUAUUAUUUACUCAGUUUGUAUACUGCACUUCACCCAAAAAUCACAGUGCAACAUGAAGAUUGCGCUAAACCCCUGGGUGAACUGGAAUCUGAAUAGACAUAUUUCUCUUGCUGAAUUAUUGCUUUAGCUCAUAAAUGCUACACAUGUAAAGAUUUAGGUUACAUUUGGUGUUAGUGGAGAGGGAUUUAUAUAUUUGCUGUUAGUAGAGUGGGUCAUAUAGCGUUCUGAAAUGACAUGCAUUUCCCCCCCAAAAUGUAUAUUGCAUAUAAAGAAUGACAGUGUUUUUAAGUGCUACUUUUUGUAUUUUAUAGAUUUUUUUUAACUUGGUGUUGCAUAAGCAUCUGAGUGCUUUCAUUUUGGAAGUGGAGAAAGUGGUGUAUAUCCUUAAAAUAAAUAACAAUUGCUGUGUACACUAGGGGCUUUCUUUAAAUGGAUUUUUGCUUUUUCUAGCAUCAUGUCACUUCCCUCCCCCCUUUUCAUUCCAGAGCAAAAACUGUUUUCACAACUAUAAACAUAAUUUUUGUUAAUACUGCAAGUAUGAACAUCUUUAAAAUGUUUCCAGCAUAUGUUUAAAAUUACCUAUAAAUUAAUUCAUGUAAAAUCUAUUUGAUCCACACAUUUCUAAUCAUGUAAAUAUUCAUAAUAUAAAUAAGUGUGCAUUAACAUUUGUGUUUGUGGCAAUCUAAGAUAAGAGAUUGAUCUAAAAAUUCACAAUCCAUCUAUGAAUACAGAUUUCACAAAUGCAAUGUUUUAUCUUCAUCUGGAGUGCCCUCUGCAGGCUAAACUAUAGCCAAACAGGAUAUGUAAAGCAAGCUUGAUUUAUUCAGUGUAUUGAUUGGUAAAGUGUGUUUUGUACCCUUAAAGGGGAAAAGAAGCUUGGGUGGGGGCUAUUUUGAGCAUUAAAAUAUCUGAUGAGGACAAAAGGAUCCAUCUCUUUCCCAUGCUAUUGUUCCAGUUGCAACUUCUCAAGGCUGCUUUUCACCAAAUAUCUAGUUUGGCCAAGUUUAUAUGCAUUGUAAUUUGAGCUAAUGCAUAUUUGAACUUCUUAAAUGCAUAUUUUGGAUACUAUACAAGGGGGAGGUGGAAUGCUAGGAGUGCAUUCCCCAAAUGUGGGGACAAUUAUAAGCCAUUUUAAAUGGAGCAAAUAAAGUAGAUAGAAUUGGGGGGCAAGAACUCCCAGUCCUGCAAUCCAUCACACUAAAAUAUCUCCUUUGUUUCAGUUCUCUAGCAGGAACAGUACUAAUGCAUAUAUAUAUCCAUUGGACAAAGUCUAGUGUCUGUAAUAAACCCUGAUAUGCAUGCAGACUGGGCUAGGAAUGUUAGGUUACCAAACUGGAAUAAAUUAAAUAUGGAUUAAAAUAUAUGUGUUACCCAGUGUGUUCUCUAGCUUUUGCUAGUAUACGUGUUGAAACAGACUUUGUUUGAGUGGUUCUGUGGUCAAAUAGAGAUCCUUCAGAUUAGUAGACAUCUCUACUGCUAUGAGGGUGGCAAACCACACACCACAAUUAAACAGCAGUGUUUGGUAUCAUUAAAGACUUCAGGUGCUGGGGAGCAGUUGGAAUUUUUAAAAAAUUAUCUCUCAGUUAUUAGCUUAUUUAAAUAAGUUCAUGUGAAGCUCAUCAGAGGUCUUGCCAUUAACCUUGCCUCCAUUGCUACGGGUUUACACGCUCUGUAGUAUAGUAGGCUAGACUAUUCUGUUGUGGCAAGAGUCCUGUUUUCUUAAGUUCUCUUUCAGCCUAAGUGAUACCAGGGUUUAAGCAUCAAGCACUCCUGACAACCAUAUGUCAGGAGUGCUCUGAUGGUGUUUCCUGCUUGGCAGGGGGUUGGACUCGAUGGCCCUUGUGGUCUCUUCCAACUCUAUGAUUCUAUGAUUCUAAGACUCUAGGUGUAAGUGGUCUAGCCUGGGUUGCAAGCCGAUUAGCAAAUGUAGACGGUAAGUAAGCAUUUCACAUUCUGAAUAAAUCAAUAUAACAGUGCACUUGAUAAUGAGGCAAGCUUCCUGUUUGUAGGUAAACUGGUGAGGACUUGAGUGAAGAAACCCAGCUGAACCAUUGACAGAGUUCCCUGAACCAGAAAUGAAAUUCUCCUAUGUUAGAAGUCUUUUCUUUCUCUAUGUAGUUUCAUAGCUGUCAACUCUAGCUGUACAGCUAGAAAUAGUAAAUCUGCCAAUGAUUUACUUGAAAGUAAUUCAUCCUAAUUACUACCUUUUUAUAUUGUAAGCUAAUUUUUGUUUGUAAAAGAUAAGCAAAAAUUAAUCCACAACUGAUCAUAUUGAAUGUAUAGUUGUGCAAAACAGGCAUGUUUUGUAAAUUGGCAUAGCUGUAUUUGCCAUUCAGAGGUGAACUUGGGGCUCCAUAAAUCCCAUUUUAUCUUGUAAUCUUGUGGGAAAUUAAGGUUCAGUUUAAAUAUUGCUUUUGUCGUGUGUGUGUGUGUGUGUGUGUGUGUGUGUGUGUGUUCAACAUGCUGUAGAAACUACUGACAUAUCUUCUUGGCUAAGGAAAUAUACAAACUGUUGCCUUUGUUUCCAGAACAUGUGACAGAAGUAGAAGUACUUAACCAAGUGUAUAUUUUUUAUUAUGCUAGAUGUCUUAAUUGUAUUCAGAGUUCAUAUGAUGAACUGUGACUAAUAAAUGAAAAAAAAUGUUGUUAGCAUGCUUGCUGCGAAGCAGAUCUCUAUUAUCUACACUUUUGAACCCCUGAAGGCAAUAAGUGUUUAAAACAGAUAAUUACAUUAAGGUUAUAAAAAAUACUUGAUUUUCGAUAACAUGGUAUCUCAGCUGAAGAGCCUUGCCUCCCACAGAUAUCCUUGGUUCUUUUCUCAUGUAAACCAUGACACCUAGUCCACACAUUCAAUGGUCCUGUAUCCAAAUUUUGGGUUGGGCCCCAGCUUGACGGUAAAAGCAGUUUGAUUGUAGAAUGGACUCCCUUGGAAGGUGGUGGACUCUCCUUCAUUGGAGGUUUUUAAGCAGAGGUUGGAUGGCCAUCUGUCAUGGAUGAACAAUAUGACCAUUCAAACAUAUGGUAUAAUAUUAAGAAAUAUGCCCACAAAUGUGUGUUUGGCCUAAAGAGAGGUCCCAGGUAAGAAAAGCCUGAAGACUUCAAGGUGUAUUUCCUGGAACUUUUCACAAUGAAAGAUUCCAAAGGUAUAUACAUGCUAAAGGUAAAGGGACCCCUGACCAUUAGGUCCAGUCGUGGCCGACUCUGGGGUUGCGGUGUUCAUCUCGCUUUAUUGGCCGAGGGAGCCGGCGUACCGCUUCCAGGUCAUGUGGCCAGCAUGACUAAGCUGCUUCUGGCGAACCAGAGCAGUGCACGGAAACACCAUUUACCUUCCUGCUGGAGCGGAACCUAUUUAUCUACUUGCACUUUUAUGUGCUUUCGAACUACUAGGCUGGCAGGAGCAGGGACUGAACAACGGGAGCUCACCCCGUUGCAGGGAUUUGAACCGCUGACCUUCUGAUCGGCAAGCCCUAGGCUCUGUGGUUUAACCCACAGCACCACCCGUGUCCCUUAUAUACAUGCUAGUCUAUGGUAAAAAGGAAAAACAAAACAAACAAAAAAACCACCAGUGACAUUGUAAAGAUACCAGACUUAGAUAAAAGCUUUCAUUGCAAUAAAUCUGCUGUUCUUUCGGGUGUCUCAAGAUUCUGGUAUUCUCCCUGGAACUGUAAGAAACCGAUUUGGUUAAUAAGCAACUUGUAUUAUGCAGGUUGAGUUCAUCUCCUGCUCAUAGAGAGUGGCAAGCAAAGCAAAUAAUGUAAUUGUCAUGGUGAUGAAAUUUCAAGAAGAGAUGUGACUACUUUUGUCUGAGAAAUUACUACGGUUGGUUCUAAGUUUCCUGUUAUCAUGAUAUCUGCUCCUUGUUUGGGGUGUAUAGGGUGUUAGGGAAGGAGUACUAACAUUGGUGGGGGACAUGUUGUGCUCCUUUGGGGUACUUUGUCCACCUUUGGUCCCCACGCUGUACUCAGCUCUCACCUGUGGUGAUAAAAUUUAGUAUUUUGUUCAGAGUUAGAGAUAGAUAUCAUUGGUUCUUGCAACCACCGAUAAAAACUUCGCCACUUCUAAUUUUCUAGCGUUUGUCUGGUCUUCCAAUAGGAACCUCACAUAGUGAGCCUCUGAUUUUCCCGGGAAAGGUACCAGCAAGGGCAAUAUCAGUUCAACCGUGGCUUGCUCGUAUUUCGCACAGUGCAGCAAAAUAUGUUUUAUAGAAUUGAUGUUGUGGGCACACGAGCAAAGUCUGUCCUGGUAGGGAACUCCUCUCAACCUGCCAUCCAACACUGCAGAAGGAAAGACGUUUAGUCUGGCUUUGGUGAAUAACCUUCGAUAAUUUGGUACUGUAAAGUUUCUAAUGUAAGGUGCCCAUAUUGUACUCCUACAGCCAAUGGACUACAGACUGCGUGUGAUCAAGAUCACAAGUCACUCACUAUGUGUAUUAUCCCAUAAUCUUUGCUUUAGUGUUUUUAGGACGCCUUCAUAACCCAGGUAAAAAAGAUGGGGGUGGAGGUGACAGACCAUUAGAGGUGGCUUUUCUAGCCAUGGUUUUCUGCCAUUUGCUGACAAACUCCUCUUUGGUCAGAUGUUGAUACAAACUCUUCCCUAGAUCAAACACUGAAAUCCUGAGCCAAUGUUUUAGGGCAGCCCACCAUGCUUUAGUUGAGAUUGGGCAUUCACCAGAUUCUAACACAAGGAUGUAUGGAGUUGGGGACGCAGUUAGGGACCUGUAGCAGAGAUCGUAAAUUUUUUGCCUGAAAGCCGUCUAGCUUAGGCAGGUCCCCAUUGUGCCAGACAUUUGCAGCAUAAAGGAGUUGGGAAAUGGAUUUUGCGUUGAAAACCCUUAAGGCUGCUGGAACAUACAAUUGCUCUUAAAUAAAAAGGCAACUCAAAUAAUUAAGGAGAUGGAGCAACUUCCCUAUGAGAAAAAAAUCCAGCAUUUGGGGCCUCUUAGUUUAGAGAAAAGUUGCAAUGUUUAAUGUAGACUGUGACAGUGUAUGUAAGCUAAUUUUUUCUCAAUGAUUAGUGUUUUUGCAAAGAAAAAGACUAUAAAAACAUUUCUUAUUUUAUUUUUUUUAAAUCAAAGCAUGUUCCAUGCUUUUUAGGUGCCUUAUAUGGUUUUCAUGUGUUGUCGCUUUUUUAUUUUUAUUAUGGCUAGGGGCCUCAAAAGCUGGAAGUUGCAUGGGCCUUUCUGGACCUCUGAGAGGGCCUGGUCCAGUGGCAAAUGGUGAUGGGUGAACCCCCAUCUGCACAUGCAUUGGAAGGCUUUUGGGAGACAGGUCUGUUUUAUCUGCCAGCACAGUAAAAUAUGGUUACCCUCUAUAGGGAUAUUCUUCUGUCUGAUUCUGAAUAUUACAUAUAAUCUCAUCCUUCAAUUAUAUCCCCUUGAUCUUAACUUGUCUUUAUUAUAGACAAAUCAGAGGUAGCCAGUGUGGUUCCCUCCAAAUACUAUUACGCUACAGUAUGUACCAUACCUGGCUUUCAGCCAUACUAGCUUGAAAAUUGUAAUCCAACACCAUCUGGAGGGCUACCCCUGGAAUCAAUGUUUUGCAUAAAAUGAACUUAUAAAAUUAUUUUAGCUGACUUUUCUGUCUUCUGCAUGUUGUUCACAUUUUGAAAUUUAGUAUCCCCUUUUUCUCUCCUCUUCUGGGUGUUUGUUCCUUGCAACAAUAUAUAAAGAAACAGUCAUGCAUAUCGUUCCCGCUACCCGUACUGCUGUUUUCUUCCAUUCAUAGUGCUUUUCCCCAGUUACAUAACAAGCUGCCUUUUGAAGGGCCAUGCAUUCCACAAAUAGUUAUACACUUUUAUGUAUGCACACAAGUGCACUGCAUGAAAACUGGCUUAUACAGAGAAAGCCUUUCAUUUGGAGUAACAUUCUCUAAUAUAUUGGAAACCAAACUACAAUAACUGAACUAUUUAAGGAUAAUAACUAAGAGGGUUUUUUUUUUAAAAAAAACAAAUAUUCUUUUAGUGACCUGAAGGCUCCAUUGUUGGCCAUAGGUAUGCAUGCUAUUCCUCCCCCCAUUCCACCAUCCAGCUAUGGUCUCAAUUGAAAUAGGUUUUAUAAGAGGGGUUCUUGUUUGUUGGCAGCGGGGGCUGUGUUGAAAACAGGCGAAACCAAUUUAGCCCAGAACUUAUGUUGAGAUUAAUAUGCAGUCUUCAAUGUAUAGAAAUAUGAUCAGUUUUUAGACUGCCAGUGUACUUUCAUGUACCACUGAAAUAUUUUUAUUCUUUGUUAUAGAUAAAUGUGGUUUAUAAGUACAUGGAUAAUCAUAUAUAUGAAUUUGCUGGAUUAAGGUUUUGAGUUCCAAUAUAACAAUUUCCACACUCUUCUCCCCUCCCCCCACCUUGCACCCAAUUGAGAGGAAUAAGCAACAGAAUCUGUCCCCAUCAAGCUUGAGGAAGCUCUACAUGUGACAUUAACAGGCACUGAGUUGACUUACUGUCCUGUACAUGAGAAAGAAUUCUUAGCUCACCAAAUUCAUUGACAAAUCUAUUCUUCCAUCUCUGAAUUUUUCUGCCAGUGCUUUGGAAUGCAGUAUUUUCUUUAGCUGGCCUACACACACACACACACACACACACACACACACACACACAAUGUUAUACUUGUGUCAUGCUAAACCAAUCCCAAUGCAUCCCUGGAGAGAAACCCAUAGAAAUGUUCACCAUGUCUGCUCUGAGAGCGUCUAUUAACUUUAAAUCUUAGAGUACUUAUUCUGCUAGCAUUGUUUUGGCAAGGACAUUACACUGCUCCUUCCUCAUUUGUCUAAACUUCUUGGUUCCAAACAGACUUGGAAAGGAGCCUUGGUUAACUGCAGGUGUUAUGAGCAUCCAACAAGUUUUGAGCUUAACAGGUUUCCAGCUUAUCUAAGAGAAGGAGAUUGGAAGCUUUUGCUCUAGUUUUUUAUUUUUUAUUUUAUUAUUAUUAUUAUUAUUAUUAUUAUUAUUAUUAUUAUUAACUGCAGCUUGUUGUUUCAUCCAAACCUGAUAAACUGGUUGACCUUAAUUAUUGUAGUGUAGUCUGUGGGUUAUGGAGCUGGUUUGUUUCAACAAAACAUGGCUAAGAGUAACCAGUUUGUCAGGUUUGGAUGAAACAACAAGCUGCAGUUAAUCAAAACUGGAAGCCAAAACUUCCAGUCUCCUCUUUAUAGCUUUGCAGGAGUGUGUAUGUGAGGGAGCACAUGCAAGCCUUAGAUUCCUUAUGGCUCCCUCCCAUAAUGAUAAACCAUGCUUUAUUGUGAUGUCUCAUUUGUCCCAGUGUGCAAUGUAGACAGUUACAGUAACUCUUUGAGAGUCUUCGUGGGUCACUGUGUAUCAGACAAUGAAUCUCAUUAGAACAGGAAUGAACUUCUUCCAGGUUGCCGUUGCCUACUAUAUGAGUUAUCCUAUAAAAUGAGCAUGUUGAGUUCAUUUCCAAUGUUUUGAGAUAAGUCUCUGCCAGGUUAAAGAUAUCAGGAGCAUGACUACACAGGUGCAAGGUUGGAUCUCCUGAUGGAAGGGGCAGAGGGGAGGUGUUUUUUGCCUGUUCUCCUGAAAAUCUGCUUCAGAAGGAGGGGAAACUGUCCUGGAUGAUGUAGAAGGUGGUACUGGGGUCUGUAGGGGGGAGAGAGAACAAUAGGAAAUCUCCUUCCCAUCUCUAGAUUGGUAAAUCUAGAUCCAGUUCAUGUCCAAACUGUUUAACGGCAGCAGUGUACAUAAUGGAAAGUUGGUUUUUCUACAGUGGCAAUGUCAGAUGUUCUGGAAAGUUGGAGUCUCUACCCAAGUUACCUUAGUUAGCUUUUUAUUUUUAAAAAUAAUACAUAUUCUGUCCUUCCUCAAUGAUAUCAGGGUGGCUAACAAUAAAUUCCAUGAAAAAAGUAACACAAAAUCAUAAAACUACAAUCUACUGAUUUCACAACUGAACAUCAUGUAUUGUAUUGGGACAGUGUCUUAAUCUGGCAUCUCUAUUGGGAAACCUCAAUCACAUGUCACAAUAUGAUGAGAUGUUUCCAAUGAAGGAACAAUGAGCAAGUUGUAAAACUUGCUCUUGAGUUGCGUUUCUGCAUUCAGAACUUCUCUACCACUUGUACCAACAACAGUGUCCUCUAUUUUCAUUCCACUCUUGCCCUUAGUCAGGUGCAAAGAUCCAGUUUACCACUGCAGGGGAGCAGGGCUACAUUAAAUUAGUUGACUGGGUCAUGUGGAUGAAUUUCUCCUGAGAUCUCACUGAUUAGUUGGGAACAAACAUCUUUGAUGCCCCUUGAAAGUUCUGCAUUGAUGAGUUGAAAAAUAUACCCACGUAGUUCCUCAUUCUAAUUAAUGCCAGCCUUGAUAAAGUUUGUUAUGCUGUGGGUGACUUAAAGUUGUCUGAACCUUUGGUUUUUCUGGUGUUUCUGUUUUGCUUUUCCUACGGCAAAGUUGUUAUCUGACUCAAAACCACUUGAAAGAUUUUCCCUCUAACUGUCCUUGCAUCCAGGUCCACACACCUAUUCACCCUGGCUCCAAGGCAUUGCAGAGCUUGUAAACUUGGGGUGGGAGGAGGAGCCAAAGGCCUGGGUAGCUAGCAUAAGUUACUUCCAACACCCAGGGGCAGAGAAGCAUAUAUAAGGAAAGUGAAUUGUAAUUGACCUGGAGCUGUAAUGGGCAUAACAGUUGUGUGCUCUGUAGCUUUAAAUUGAAGUGACGGUGAGCUUGCAUUUUUUUAAAUGUUCUCUGCUGAAGGAAAAGCAUAUACCAUGCGUGAGCUCAGUGUAACUAUUCAUUUGCAUCAGUGAUAGUGGAGCACACAGGGCUGCUUGUUUUGGCAAAUGGUCUGUUUAUACAGCAAGUACCCAGAGCUCUUUCAGUCUCACAGAUGUAGGGAGCAGAGUAGUUGGUCUGGGCGACAGUCCUAGCAGUACCUAGCACUGAGCAGGGCGCUGCAGACGGGCCAUGCAGCAAUGUUUAUGUGGUGUUGCUGUACCUGUGUGUGCUGUGAAAAUCAUUUCAGUGAACCUGGCAAGGUGAGAUCCUGCAGAAAAGCAUUGCUGCGUCUGAUUUGGCUGCUCUGUUUACAACUCCAGUGGCUCAUUAAUAAGCAAUAUUCUUAGAUAUGCUCCUCCCCCCUCCCUUGCUGGCUUGGCUUUUUAUAAUCCUUGAGUCAUUUUUAACAUCUGCAGUUAAGAAGCUUGGAAGCGUAAGAGCUCCCGUCUGAGUGAGUGUUAAUCUUGAAUAUAAAUGGCACAUUCUUUAUGAGGAGUAAUAUUAGUAAAAUUGAUGUGUCACAUAGCUGCCUAGGUCAGCCACAUAUUUUGAUGUAAAUGCUUGCUUUGGUUUUCAGUUGUACAAUGUGCAUUUCAUGGGAAGCCUGAACAUAUUGCAGAAUCAUCCUUGGUGUUGGAAAAAGCAGCCUGUAUGGGCACAUGCCCUUAUCAUUAAACCAGUGACCUUCAGAAAUAAACUUGCCAUCUUUUUAGGUUUUUAUAAGCUGCCACAUCAAGCAUCAUAUUCCAACAUGAAUAGAAACAAAUGUGGAAAAUCCCAGGUUUUCUAUGCAUCUGCAUUUCAGUAAAUGGUGGAAGUAUGAGAGGCCCCUGCUUAUUAAGUUAUUAAUACCUCUGUUAUCCCUCAAGUUUGGUAUGCAGAGGAGAGUAGAUAAAAUGUUUACAUUACAUUUUGAUAGCUUCAUGUUAAAAGAUAGUUGAUCCAAGAAAUUCCCUCUUCAUUCUUAUUCAUAUGUGGAACGGGCACUCUAGUAAUAUGAGCCAGAGCAUUUGGUUACAAUAAAUACAUGGUAGAAAUGGCUGCAGAAUAUUCAAGCAGGAAAAAGCACCAUUCUGUUGGCUCAGUUUGUUUAUAUUUUGGGUAGAGAGUGUCUUCUAUUAAACAAGAUCAAUUGUCCUUUCUGUGAACUAGAAAAAGGGGAGAUGAGGAUCUUUACUCUUGAGGAUCUGCCAGGAACUUUAUUGCUCUCUAUAAUUCUGGGAAAGAGGUUGAUCUGCCCUAUGCAGAGCCCCUGCUUUUGUUGGGACCCCUUGUCACCACAAAGUGAAUGUGGAGCAGUUAGACUGAGGGGCCAGUGUUUGUUCUCUGAGGUUAAGGCCUUGUGGCAGCAGAAGUAGCAUUCCUCACUGCACCUGCAGGGGAAACAAUCUCUUAACACCUCCCUUAACACCUCGCACACAUAUACUUCUGCUUCUUCCAUAUUUACUGAUUAAGUGAAGCGAUAAAGUGCAAGAGAAUUAGGUGGCUUUAACUGUAGGCCCUCCUUUUUUAAUCUUUGCUGUUUGUGGAGAUGUCAGUUAGAAUCUAUUAAAUCUGCAGGAAGUUUGUACCACACAUGUGAGUGUAUGUGUGUCUGGUGUCGUAAACUUUGUCAUCCUAUUAAUAUUUAUUUAGUCACUGCUCGUUUGCAAAUUUCAUAACAUGUUUGAGCUGGCCUACAAUAAUAACAGGAAAUAAUCUUAACUUUAAAGGUGAGGUAGCGUCUACUCAUUGUCUACUGAAGUGAAAGGAUGGGAGCAGGAGGAAUGAAUCAAAUAAUUUAUUGCUGUAUUGUAUCAGCUGCAUUUUUAAAUACUUGCAUAUUUUUACCAGUCUCUGCCAAUAGAAAUAAACAUUUAACUGCCGGUAUCUUAAUAUUAAUAACCUGGCUAACCCUAGACCAGGUCUCUUGGUGGGAGGCUUAAUGUCUGGCUUUAAUCAGUGUUAGACUUUAGAACUGGUAUGUUAAAACAGGAUGACAGAUCCUUCUGUCUUCAGAUAGGUCUGUAUGAGCAUGUAAGACCCACUUCAAAGCCCCUCGGGAAAACUUCCCAAAUUGUGUUUCUGGCACCCCCUUUAAUCCUAGGCAAUCAACCCCUGUAAAAGCUUGUUUGAGGUAAUAGCCUGGGAGUAGUGAGCCGUUAGCAGAACAAAUCAUCAAAGAACUAAGUGUGAGAAUGCAGAUAGUGGGGCCUCUCUCUGUGUUACAAAAGACCUGGUCUUGGGUUAGAACAUGUGGGAUAUGACCAUUCUCUGAAAAAGGCAAGGAUGCUGCUGUGUCUAUGAGAGAGACAGAAACUUGCGGGGGAGGAAGGCUGGGGGCUCUUCCACUGUAGGCUUCAGAUUAUAUAUGUGUGUAAAUAAACCAUACAUCAUAAAGACACCAGAGUCUGUGUCCCCCUGGGUUAAAGUGUGCCUGGUACCUCUGGAAUCUCACACCGCUCAAAGAUAGGGUGGCAUAUAACAAUAUUUUCAGCAUUAAGCUGCCCAGAUCCACUUCAUUAAGAGAUGACAGAAGUGGUGCUAAUAGUCUCUAAGCAGCAGAUUUAGUAAUUCAAAACUGGAGUUCCUUAUACAAGCCACACAGUCCAUGUGCAUCAUGUUCUGACUCUGGAUUCCCAGUGGGUUAGGCCCUUGCAGUUGGACUGUGUGAUGAGUCAUGAUGAGUUCCUUUAAUUAGAGCAUUCUUAACAGGAUUAUUACACAGCUAGUUACCCAUCUGCCUUGAUUUAUCUGUGUCUUUUGUAGAAUUUUUGAACUACAUGUUUCUACCAGAGCAUGAAUCCUCUUGCACACCAGUUGCAUCUUAAAAUGCUUCUUGUGUUUAACAGCAAGCUAGUAAGAGAAUUGUUUAAACAAAACAUUAAGCUUUGCUAGUGUUUCUCAUUUUGUGUCAUAUGACGUAGGCUUAUAAAAUCAGUUAUGUUUGGAUCACAGACAGCUUUUAGUUUAGCCACCUGUGAAAAUUGCUGGAAUGAAGAAACUUUGGUAUUACUACUAUUGCUGCUAUUAUUAUUUCUUCAAUCUAUAUCCCUCUAAAGGUGACUAGGGCAGUCAACAGCAUAUCAUUAAAGCAUUCUAAAAUAAGUGACAUUCUCAGCCAAUGAUUUCAGAGUUACCAGUGACAGUAUCAAGCAUCAGGUGCCUGGGGUAAACAAUAAUGUUUUGAUAUUCCUCCUGCAAGCCAAUGAAAGAUGUAUCUCACCAGGGAGGGCUUUCCACAAAGGGAGAACCACCACUGAGAAGGCCCUGUCAUGAGUCAACACUAAUGAGUCUGUCACCAGUAGUGGAACAACCAACAAGGCCUCAACAUGCAAGUUCCAAGGUGCAUACAUCAUAAAGACACCAGAGUCUGUGUCCCCCUGGGUUAAAGUGUGCCUGGUACCUCUGACUAUCCCAGCUGAGGAAAAGAGGCUUAGCCCUGUGCAAAAGGCUGGUCCAGUCACAAGGGUUAUAAGGUUAUAGUUAGUGGUGCAGCUAGGUAAUCUGGUGAUCCCAUUCACAUUAAUGAGAUAUGACUGUCCUGAGAGAAAGGAAUGCCCUGGAACAGAGGCUUUCAACCUUUUCGAAUCCACAGGUCCUUUGGCCAACUACACUCUUUCUGUGUCAGCCCUGUGGGGUUCAGGAGCCCAAUUAUGACACCCCUUGCCUGCAGAGCUGGCAGCCUCUCACCUUUUCUUGAACACCCUCCUUUGUGGAGUGUUCCCUCAGCCUCCUCUCUUCUCCCAUCUGCUUGGGAGUCCUCUGGGCAGCCGCUGCUGCCACUCCUGAUCUCUGAGCUGCACCCCCCUGCCCCAAAGAGAGAUGCCUCCUCACACCGUCCCACAGGGGCCUGGGACUUGUCUGUCCAUUCCUAGUGUAAACCACAUUGAGAUUUUUUUUUCUUUAAAAUAUAAAGUGGUAUAGAAAUGAAAUGAAUAAUAAUAAUGGUAAUAGUAAUAACAAUGGUGAUUAGACAUUCCAACCUCUAACCAAGGUUUAAGGUGACAUUUGGCGAUUACCUUAUAUAUUUUGAGUUUCUAACACUGAUGAGUGUGUGUGUAGAAACUAGCCUACUGUACAGAGUUAGAAUUAACAUUCAUUGUUGCCCCACUCUUGCCUGUGGCCCUUGAAAGGUUGGCCAGAAGGGAAUGUGGCCCUCAGGCUGACAGAGGCUCCUCACCCCUGAUGUAAAGCAUAUGAGCUGCCACUGAUCUGUUGCUUCCUGCUGUUAUCCUCUCAUGUCAUUAUUAACCCAUUUUCCUCCCAGCUGAGCUCAAAAUACUGAAAAUAAGCCACCAACAGGGAGAGUUAGGGGCAUUUUCAGGAGAGUUUGGCGCACGCGCGCACACACACACACACACACACACACACACACUGCUUGGUUCCCCACAUAGAGCCUUCCUUGCAUUCAAGCAGUCUUGACCAGUACUUGUAGUUCGAUGUAAGAGGUCAGUCAUUGAAGUUGUGGUUACUGUAUUGUGCUUCUAUGAACCUUAGCAUUAAUGUGCAGGUGCUGUUUUAAAAAUAACUUUAACAGCAGUUUUAAAUGUUCAGAUAAGACUUCUGCUAAUAGAAAUGCCAGCUUGCUAUCUAGAGUAAUCAAUACCAAAACAGUGAUAUGAACUUGCCAGCAUGCUGAGUAAACAGUGUUAUGUUAAGGAUGAUGUCAGAUGAGAGGAGUUGUCAGCGGAAUUAUAUGUAUGCAUCGUAGCAGGGCACCAAUAAUUUCCGGUGGAGAUACUGAAGAAUAAUCCACAUGGUGCAGAAUAGCUGUUGGCUAGCUCAUUCAGGUGUCUUUUAAGGACCUGAUGCAGUCAGUCAUAGUUUUUAGUGAUUUCUCUCGGCUGCAUGUCAAGUUAGGACAUUUGCUUUACUGACAUGCAGAUUUGCAAAGUACACUCAACUCUGUGUACUCAUCAUGAAUCAUGUAAGUUCUUAUACAGGGCUUGGAUUUUGGGUCUCUCUAAACACUGGAUGGACAACAUGUAGUUAAAUUACAAUUGUGAAAGUUCCGAAUUCAUAGAAUCAUAGAAUUGGAAGGGAUCCAAAGGGUCAUGUGGUUCAACCUCCUGCGAUGUAGGAAACACAACUAAAUAACCCAUGACAGAAAGCCAUCCAAUUUCUGUUUCAUUUCCAGACAUACUAAUGGAUAAUAACUGCGGAGCUUUCUUCUAACAAGCAGACUAUAAACAUGAUCACUCAAGGUGGAAUGUGCCUCAAAGCAGCACUGGGUUAUAAGCUAUCUGGUGCAGAAAAAAUAUCCCAGUUUGUUUUAUUAUUUACUUAUUUAUCAAAAAUAUGUUUAGGGUGCUUUUCUGGGCAAGUAAUCCUUGCAAUCAACAAAAAGCAACAAAAUUUUAAACUACAACUCAGCAACACUACAUAUUUUUUGUUUUAACAGAGCCAGAAGAAAUGUAAUUUACCCAUAAUUAGGGAAAUGGAUUUUUUCCUUUAAAGCAUCAGUAAAAUCUGUCAUGCAAGUUUUGGUAAUUAAGAUUGCUUAUCAAGUUUUCCAUAGUCUAACCUCACCAGAAUAUAAGCUUUGUGGGAAUUAGAGCUCUUUUCCCAUCACAACUGAAAUAAUCUUCAGAAACCGGUCUGCAGAAAUAAUAAUAAUAAUAAUAUGUAUAUGUAUAUGUAUAUGUAUAUGUAUAUGUAUCCCAUCUCACUGAGUUCCUCCAGCCACUCUUGGUGUCUUCAUACAAAUUUAAACACAAUAUGACAUCAAACAUUAAAAACUUCUCUGAACAGGGCUGCCUUCAGAUGUCUUCUAAAAGUCAGAUAGUUCUUUAUUUCCUUUUCAUCUGACGGGAGGGUGUUCCACAAAGCGGGGGCGAGCACCAAGAAGGCCCUUCGCCUUUUAUUAUACAAAAGGAUUCCAUAGAACUGUCCCUCUUUUAAAGUGACCACUACAUCCUAUGAGAAACAUUCUUUUAUAAUUUAUGUGUUUAAAAACCAGCUGUACAACAAAUGCACCCAUUAUAUAUGGAUCAGAGAACAUCUAGGUCAUCUGCAGGACUUGUAUUUACAUGGGAUUUCAAAGGGAAUCUUCAGGCCUUGGUGAAGGUUGGUUACUCUUGCUGUUGUAUGAAGGCAUCACCUUACUCCUGCUCUGUCUGGGUACAGGGCAAACUCAUCACUGCUCUUCUCUGGGCCCAAAUACAUAUGCUGCUUGUUCUUCCAACACAACAGCACCAAGUAUAUGGGGCAGAGGGGGCUUCAGCCAACUUCAAUAUUUUGGGGCAAAGGACUCAGCCCCCCCAAUAUUGAGGAUGUUGCCACACCCCACUGUCAGUCCCCAUUCCCCCGCCCUGCUGGGCAAGCACUCAGUAGCCGGGCUGGACUCGCAAGGGUGAACAUCACCCUCUGUGCGCCCCAUCCCUCACACACUCUGGGUGCAGCUAGUAGCUAAACCCACCAAGAAACGCACAGCCAAUAAUGUUAACAGCUUUCUCUUAUCUGCUAGGAUUUAAGAAACCUGCUUUGAAUAAAUGGUGCCUCCAGUCUGCAGUUACUAUAAUAAUAAACAUUUUUUAAAAGUGUGCUGCUCAGUUAAUCAGGGAUGCCUUUUAGUCUAUAUUGUUUCUGGUCGGUAAUCCAGAUUAUUAUUUUCUCCAAGCCCUGUGAACCAUGUUUGGCAGGUUGGUAGAGCCUGUCAUUCACCUGAUGUCACAAUGAUGUGAGGUGACCCUAUUUUGCCCACGUGAAAUCAAACUAUGCAGGCAAAGUAUCAGUGAUCAGCACUAAUCAGAUGAUCAUUGGGGCUUUGUAGGUGUGCCUGCAAACUCCCUAUUGGCUUGAGCCAGGUCUUUGCCUGCCUAUUUCUGAUGUCAGGUGUAGGGCAGGUGGAGGUGGCUUGGCCAAAAUGCCUUGUGAGGCAAAAUGGUGAGGCCUUAUGGGUCUAACUAGGCACGUGGGCGAGAGAUUUCUUAAACUUGUUUGCCACUGUUCCAUGGUAAGACAUGUUCAAAGCUGUGUUCCUCAAGGGCUGCCGUAGAAAAUGGUCCAGAAAAUUCAAGUGAUGCAGAAUGUAACUGAUAAGGCUAUGUGUGUACGCCCACCUACAACCUACAUUACAGUGUUUACACUGACUGUCAGUUUGUGUCCAAGCCCAAUUCAAGGUGCUUAUUGACUACUAAAGCCCUACAUACCUGCAUGGUUCAAAGACGACUCCUCCCUCCAUGUGUGAUGUGGCUGCCUAUUAAGAUCUUCAAGCAGGGCUGUCCUCAAAAUUCCAGAGAGAAAAUCACAGUGACUGGAAGAAGUAGGGCCUCCCCUUUAAUGAUUAGUAAACUCAUUCAACUAGAUUUGGAAUGUGCAUGUCUUUUUUCGGAGCCCUGCUUUAAAAGUCAAAGCUUAUCACAUGCCAGAUAACACCUUUUUGGAGUUCAACAGUUAGAAUACCUCCAUCACCUUCCCUUACUUGUCUCUGAUACCUGCCCUAUAGUUGAAAUAAGGGUUAUUUGAAUGAACUUACAAUUAUCAAAGCUGUAAAAUGAAAUACAAGUGGUAAGUUCAACGUAAAUAGUUAUUAGCUAGUGGUUAAGAGCCAAAUUUGGCAAUGCAGCUUACUAUAUAGCCAUACGCUAUGACAUCAAUCCAAGGCAGUUACUCCCUGGAUAAAGACACAGCACUGCUCUUGACCCAGUUUUCUUAUAUCCGAAAGCACUUGCUAUUUGUAUAGAUGGGUCAACAGGUGCACAUGCAUAGAGAAACUUCAUUUUCUUGUUUGCCAUUCUGUGCACAGUUUCUGAAAAAAACGAAACUGUAAGGAGUAUCACAUGGUCAGACUAAUUAUAGUGUCGAUUGCUACUUCUCAUGAGAAAUUUCGAACACACCUUCAGAAAUAAGUGAUUCAGACAAAAAGCCACCAUUCUAUUCUUCCCGUAUCCUGAAGCCAUAGUGGCCAACCAGAUGCCUGUGGCAGUGGUUUUCAACCAGUGUGCUGUGGCAUUCUGGGGUACCCUGAAUCAUAGUCAGGGGUGCCGUGGACAACACUGGCCUCUGUCCCUCUUUCCUUCCUUCCCUCCCUCCCUCUGAUGCCCUAUUGCGUCUCUGCCUCCCAAAGGCUUGCACAGAUGUUUGUGGCAGCAGCUCUGGCGACAAGCUCCCCAGGCAAAUGGUGCCUCUGGGACUGGCCGGGGGCUGCUUCCCAGGCCUCUGUGUGGCAGUGUGAGGAGGUACCUCUCUUUGGGGUGGGGGGGGCAGCUCAGAGACCAGUGGUGGAAGCUGCUGCUGCCCAAAGGACUCCCAAGGAGAGGGUAGAAGAGAGGAGGCUGAGGGAACACUCCACAAGGGAGGGUGGUCAAAAAGGGGUGAGGGGCUGCCAGCUCUGCAGGCAAGGGGUGACAUAACCAGGCUCCUGAGCCUCACAGGGGUGCCGAAGAAAGAACGUAGUUGGUCAAGGGAGCCGUGAACCUAAAAAGGUUGAAAACCUUUGGCCUAUGGGAACCAGAUGCAUGCAGGAACAUGAAUACAAGGGAACAUUCCCCACGUGCUCCCUGGCAACUGAAAUUGAGUGGGGUACCACCUCUGAUACAUGGCCAUUGUAGCAUGACAAUAGUUAUUGAGGACAAGACUAUCAAUGGCUAUCUAAAACCCUUUUAAAACCAGCUUUAUUCUUUGCAUGCACAUCAGUCUCUGACUUCUGUAUUCUGGGUUUCUGGGGGUUUUCCUGUUGUUAUUCUGUCUCUCACAGCUACUGUAAACCUACCAUUAAAAUUAUGGACUGGUCAUUUCUUCAUCAGAGGGCAAACGGGCAAAUUUAGCAGGGGAUCAAAUACUUUCCCCCUCACUGUAUGUGUAACCCUUGUAAGUGUGCCUAGUGUCUAUUGUGCCAUGCGCUCAGUUGAGGAACUGAGAUCAUUCAUUGCUUAUCCUGAGCAAUAAAACUGUUUACACUUGGAGAGCUCCACUUUCAGGAAGCAAUUCAGUUUCGUCAAAAAGUAGGAUUAAUAUUUACCCACUAGCUGAGAGUUUCAGUUAAAGGGCUAACUAAGGUUCCUAUAUCACCUGGUCUAAAGUUUUUUAAAAAUUGAUUUCAGCUUCACAGCCAAAGAUUUAACAGAAGAGGGCAUUAAAAAGAGGAAAGUCUGAUAGCACACACAGAAGCUACAUGUAAAAUGAAAUUUGCUAGCUAUGUCAAGUCUGCAAACGGCAAAGAAAACUCAAGGUCCAGGAGCAAGUACUCUUUGCAGUAGGUUUGUGUGUGUGUUUGUAGAUGAGCCUUGCCCAAGAGAGUGCCUUUAACUACUUCCAUUUCAGUUUUCAUUAUAAACUAUAUUUUGGUACAUCUUAAUUUAAGCCUUAUCUACAGCACUUGGGGGACGCGGGUGGCGUUGUGGGUUAAACCACAGAGCCUAGGACUUGCCGAUCAGAAGGUCGGCAGUUCGAAUCCCCGCGAUGGGUUGAGUUCCCGUUGCUCGGUCCCUGCUCCUGCCGACCUAGCAGUUCGAAAGCACGUCAAAAGUGCAAGUAGAUAAAUAGGUACCGCUCUGGCGGGAAGGUAAAUGGCAUUUCCAUGUGCUACUCUGGUUCACCAGAAGCAGCUUUAGUCAUGCUAGCCACAUGACCCGGAAGCUGUACGCCGGCUCCCUUGGCCAAUAAAGCGAGAUGAGCACCACAACCCCAGAGUCGGCCACGACUGGACCUAAUGGUCAGGGGUCCCUUUACCUUUUAUAGCACUUGGACAGCCUUUAUCUAUAGUACGCAUAGUGCAGUUUAUUUUUCCUACCUACAUCACCCCCUGGUGAUUGCUGCUAAUGGGACAUGCGGUCAGUAGUUAAGGGUUGUGACCCCUCAGAGCUGUAGAACAUAAAUGUGUACAUAUUUAACUUCCUUCCAUUUUUAAAGGAGGGGAUUACUAAUAUUCCCCCCACCAAAGAAAAUCCUAUAGUGCUUUCAAUGUCUACACCACUUGAAUUUAAUACUGGGUCAAGUCACUCUUAAACCAUUCUAUUCUUCAUUUUGUUUAAAUAGCUUAACUUGCUCCAUUGGCAGAACACACUGUGAAGGUUGGUGUGGUUUAAAGAUUGCCCCUUCCUCCUUGGGUGCCUUCCACCUCAGAUGACACCUUUUGGCUCCAACUCACCCUUUGCAUGGGUUCUCAACUAUGUGUGAUAGGUAGGGCGGAAUCAUGUUUCAUCUGCUGGCAAGUCUUUACAGCUUCCUUUGUUUUCUCUGGACUGCUUUUAAAGAAAAAGAGAGAGAGAGAGAGAGAGAGAGAGAGAGAGCACCUGUGUGUUAAGAGUCCACAGCUCACAUGAUGUCAUGCUGUUAUUUUUCAUGAACUAAUGCCUUCCCUGUUUGGGGAGGAGCUGCUGAGUAAUUAAAUGAUUCAUUGGUUUCUGUAUUAAGCCACCUUCCUUAAGACUUCAUUUUACUGCAUGCAGCGAGUGAGUGUAGAAUAGCUUUCAGCAGAGCUAUUGUAGGCAUGUUGCUCCUUUGUUCAAGUCAUGCACUGGGAACAGCUAUUGCGGCUCAGAAAAGCCAAGGUAGGUGAGAGAAAGGGGGAUCCUUUCUUUCCCGUUAAAAAGAAAAAAACAAUUGUAGUUAAGUUUUUAUUAAGGGUUUACUUAUUAAGAGUAGUCAAUAUGUUGAGAAAGUUAAAUGCUAAUUUCAUUUCCAUGUGACUUUUCCCAUUGUAGACAUUUUUAAGGCUUGGCUACAUACCAGUAUAUUUUGUUUGGGAGAGUUUCAGCAUCUCUGGCUGCUAUGGAAUUUUUGUGCUCAGUAAAUUGAUGUACAUUUCAGACUCGGGUGGGUACAUGAGAACGAAGGUGAAUCAUCCUGGAAGUUUAGAUACAGUCAUGAUAUUGAUACCUCAUAGUGUUGAAUGAACCUUACUUUGGAUGCUCACCUAUUCAGCCAUUUGUACAAGCAUACUCCUGUUCUGGGGGAUGUGGCCCCCACAUUCCAACUAUAUUUUUUAUUUAAAAAAAAAUUAUAGGCUGCUUUUCAAACAAAGUUUCACAAAGUGGUUUACAACAGAUUGGGAUCCGUGCUGGCCCAGGAUUGUAUGUGGAAAGGAAGCAUGAACACACAGUCACACAAUAAGAGACUGAAUUUAUUUAAAAGGUUUAUUUGCUAUACAUACUAUUACUGUGCUUGCUAUGUGUGCUGGAAAUAUAGAGCUUUUGGAAGUAUCACAUUACUCUCUCUGUUGUACAGGAUAAUACAUAUGACCCAGGACAGUUAACUCCUUUGCUCUUCACGAAGCUAGCAUCUGGAUGAAAUUUCUUGACCCUCAUCCUUUUAAGUUCUCCAAAAACUGGAGAGGCUUGCUGGUAUUCUUCUCACUGAUUUAGAGGUUUCACCUGAAUAUUGAAGAACAAUACCUAAAGAAACAAGAUAAUAAUAAGAAUAAGAAUAAUAAGUAUAUUUUUGCUUCCUAAAUGAAGCAAAGUGCAUUUUGAGUGGAGGCUGCAUGGUAUUAAAGCAGUUUGUAAUGUUCACUUUCUUAUUUUUUCCCCAGAUUGAGCGAUUAGAUGUAAGCAGUCUAGCACAAACAUCCAGUGCAGUGGCCUCAAGCACAGAGUGCAGCAUCAACGCAGAUUCCAUUGAUGGAACGCCAGAUCCUCAGCGCACAAAAGUGGCCAUCACCCACCUGCAACAAAAAAUACUGAAGUUGACUGAGCAGAUCAAAAUAGAGCAAACAGCUCGGGAUGACAAUGUGGCAGAAUACCUAAAACUAGCCAAUAAUGCGGACAAGCAACAGAGUGCCCGCAUCAAGCAGGUAUUUGAGAAGAAGAACCAGAAGUCAGCCCAGACAAUCCUCCAGUUGCAGAAGAAGCUAGAGCACUACCAUCGGAAGCUGCGAGAGAUCGAACAGAAUGGUAUCCCUCGACAGCCCAAAGAUGUAUUGAGGGAUAUGCACCAGGGGCUGAAAGAUGUGGGAGCAAAGGUCACUGGCUUCAGCGAAGGAGUGGUAGACAGUGUUAAGGGUGGACUUUCUAGUUUCUCCCAAGCAACCCAUUCGGCAGCAGGAGCUGUCGUCUCCAAACCCCGGGAGAUUGCCUCACUCAUUAGGAACAGGUUUGGGAGUGCAGACAAUAUUGCUAAUCUGAAGGACUCCUUGGAAGAAGGUCAAGAAGAUGGGACUGGGGGAAAAACUCUAGGUGUUCAUAAUUUUCAGUCAAGCCCAAAAUAUGGCAGCGAGGACGAUUGCUCCAGUGCCACAUCAGGCUCUGUGGGGGCCAACAGCACCACAGGGAUCCCUGUGGGAGCACCAAGCUCCAAAACGAACACUCUGGAUAUGCAGAGCUCAGGGUUUGAUGCAAUACUGCAUGAGAUUCAAGAGAUCAGAGAGAUGCAAGGACGGCUGGAGGAAUCUUUUGAGAACCUUAAGGUUCACUAUCAGAGGGAUUAUUCCUUGAUAAUGCAGGCUCUGCAGGAAGAAAGAUACCGGUGAGAAUUUCAGUCUAACUUUUCACUGAUACUACUGAUGUUAAAGCACACCUAGAUGCAUGCAUUCAUUCAGCACUAACAAUCUCACAGGUAUCAGGCAGCAUCCGUAAUAUAUAUAAAGGUAAAGGUAAAGGGACCCCUGACCAUUAGGUCCAGUCGUGACCGACUCUGGAGUUGCCCUUAUCUCACUUUAUUGGCCGAGGGAGCCAGCGUACAGCUUCCGGGUCAUGUGGCCAGCAUGACAAAGCCGCUUCUGGUGAACCAGAGCAGUGCACAGAAACGCCGUUUACCUUCCCGCCUGAGCAGUACCUAUUUAUCUACUUGCACUUUGACGUGCUUUCGAACUGCUAGGUUGGCAGGAGCAGGGACCGAGCAAUGGGAGCUCACCCCGUCGCGGGGAUUCGAACUGCCGACCUUCUGAUCGGCAGGUCCUAGGCUCUGUAGUUUAACCCACAGCGCCACCCGCGUCCCUUUUAUGCAUGCAUUCAUUCAGCGCUAACAAUCUCACAGGUAUCAGGCAGCACCGUAAUAUAUAUACACAUACACAAUUGUCCCCUUCUACAUGUGCAGGUUUCUUCUUCCAGACCUUCACCUCUUUCAGCUUGCUACUUUUCACAGCACAUGCAUUCUGGGUGUCUGUCCCAGUUUUGGAAACCAAAGUAGCCCUGCGCUACAGUUCCCUGCCCAUCCCAAAAUCCUCAUCCUGUUGGAUGAGGGAUUUUUUGAGCCCAACCUUUUCUGAUGAUCUACAUAGAGGGAGAGGGUGGAAGGCAGAGGGUUGUAGGAGCAAGAAUGUUCUAUGGCUGCAAAAAAAAAAUUAAAGGCCAAAGCUAGGACUUUACUCUGGAAGCUGUGAGCCAGUGCAGUAGUUGUAAUACUGGUCUUGUAGUCACCCAACACUUAACAAAAUGCACUUUGCAGGCUUCAGUGCUAUGCUUCUCUAAAGGUAUGUGAUACCUUCAGGGCCACCAAAUCUUGGAGAAUACUUCACCCUGUCUAUUAUUAUGAUAUUGGUAGUUGCUGUUCUUUUGUUGCCUCCAAAAAGUUGUACCUUGAGUUACAUAUUAAAAAAACCAAUAAGUCAGAUAUUUGGACUUGUUGGUCCAUGACUCCAUAUUGAAAUUGGGAGGGCCCUAAUUAUACAACAUUAUGCUGAUAGUAUUUGUUCAGCCUUAGAGCAAGCAUGAGCGGGCCGUGUUUUAUUAUUGAAUAAAAUAACUCACUGUAUCAUUUGGCAUAUGGGUCUUAGGAUACGAUAUACCUUUAGGCAGCACUAAUUGGUUUUGACGGCUUUUUUUGCCAUUUGCAGACAUUGAAGCACAGAGUGUAAUUUUUUUAUUCCCUUUGUUGUAUUUGUAACUUUGAGGUUAUAUUUGCUUCACUGGGUUUAAAGAUAGUGUUAAAAUAUCAUUACCCUUAAGCAAUCAAGAUAGAGAUAUUUAACUGAUUGCAAAAUAACAACAUUAUCCCAAGAGUUCUUCCUCAUCACCAUUCUGUAUCACAUGAAACUAGCUUUUAGACAUCUUGGUAUACACUCAUUAGGCCAUUGUUACCUGUUCCCAGAAGUGGCUCAUAGGCUCUCAAGUCUUUCCUAAUCCUGCUACUUAAGGUAAUUUUAACUAGUAAUGCUAGUAAUUAAAGCCACAGUUUCCUGCAUGCCAGUCUCUGUUAUUCUUUAUGUUUUUAUGUGUUAAACUAGUUCAGUUUAUAGUUGAUAUCUGUAGCAUUAAGCUGCAAGGAGGGGGAAAAGUACACUUGUUGUCAAAUAUAUCUUAUCUCCUAUGCACCAUAAAAUGGUAAGAAGGGCCUGGGCUUAGUGGUAGAGCACCUCUUUUACAUGCAGAAGGUCCCAGUUUCAGCCCCCAGCACCUCGGGAUAUGACUGGGAGAGACCCCAGUCUGACCCACUGCCAAUCAAUACUGAGCUAGAUAGUCUGAAUCUGUAUAAGGCAACUUCCUAUGUCAGUCACAUGUCUGAGUUCUAUGUGUGCGUGCAGAGCCCCUCUGUCAGGAAGAUUCUAUAGCUAGACACAGAGUUUUGGCAGAUACCUGGCCGCCAUCCUCUACUUUGUUUAUAAGGAAAAGUUGCUUAUAUAAAUAGUUAUGUUUCCUAACAGAAAGGAGGUUCAUGCUGUCUUCCCUCUCCCUCCUUCCCCUCAGUAGUGUGGAAGUUCCCUUUCUGGCAGCUUUUGUAGCUGUUACUGCCAUUAUAGCAUUGAAGAUAAAACAAAGAGCAUUGCGUCAAAAGAUUUAUUCGUUAACUCUCAUUGCCGUUUUUACUGUGUAAGGUUCCUUGCUGAGGGAUUAGUAAAAUCCACUUUAAGACACCCAAAAGAUAGGGCUCUCCCUUGGCCUUGAUGAAGUGAUAACUGAUGCCAAGAAAGCAUAUGGUAGUUUGCUGACGGCCAUAGGUAGAACCGGUAUGGGAGUUCAAGGCAGGCAUUUCUCCAUUCUUGUGUUUAAAAAUGACCCCAGUAUGAAAGUGAAGGGGUUAUACCAAAGGGUGCCGUUUCCUGUUCAAAUUUUUAUUUCUCCAAUGCAGUGGUAGCCAUUGUGGUAACCUUCAUAGAUGGUUCAACCUCAGUUUCCUGUCCGUUGGUCAUGCUAGCUAGGGCUGAUGGGAAUUAGAGUCCUGUGAUUGUUAGGGGACACUGUGUUAGCGAUUCCUGCUCUAUGUAGUUUGUUUAUCAUUCCCUGUUUGUCUGCAGCCUGCCUUCUUGCUGAUGGCAUUGUAGUUGCCUUUGUUCGCUGAGACUUGGUGCUGCUAGAGCUGUCUCAUCUUCUGAUUCCCCCCUCCCAUUCCACCCGGCCAGCAUUUUUUGAUGACAGUAUGAUUUCCGCAAGUCACUUCUGCCCUGUGCUGUAGUGUCAGAAGUUAUUAGAAGCCUUGGCAGAAGCUGUGCCUCCUGUCCAUUGGGCAGUUGAUGUGGCCUCAUAGUCCAGACUGAUUAGCCACUCCUUUUACAUCCCUCUUUGGUAAUCCAGCUCUAUCUGCAUGUUGUUCUUUUUGCAAUCGAUCCUUUAUCAGUGAGACCAAACUCCAAAAUAGCCUGUUGCUUAAUAGCUUUGAGAAUAUAGCUGAUGUUUACUUGAUAAAACAGGACUUUAUGUGCUGUCAACAGUUUCUACUGAGUCUCUCUUGUUACAAUUUAUGCCUGAAGCUUUCUUUACAGAGCGAAAAAUAGAUAGCUUAGAUGCACUCCGUUCACUCACAGACUGCCAGUCUUCAUGGGAUCAUCUUAGAAGCUCAAUUAGUGUGUUGUGCUGCAUUUGUAUUUCAGUUUUUACAAGUUUAAUCCCUUUGAUCUCCAUUCUGUUGCUGUUUAAUUCUAGUCUACCAAGAUAGCCUUGAGACCAGUCAUUUAGUGCUUUGCUGGCUUGUGAUAUGCAGAACUUUGUUUUGGAGACUUCUCUUGUAGUCUCAAUUUGAAAUCAUGAUGUAAAAAGUGAUGCAUAUUAUGUGGCGCUUUAGAACAGUGGGUACUUAUGCCAACCACAAAAUAUACAGGCACAUCCUGUACCACACAGACGAUUUUUAUUUUUAUUUUGUAUACAAAGGUGUGCAUUUGCUACAUCAGAACAGAAGAUGUCUAGCUCAGUCAGUAAGAGCAUGAGACUCUUAAUCUCCGGGUCAUGGGUUCGAGCCCCAAGUUGGGCAAAAUGAUUCCUGUUUUACAGGGGUUGGACUAGAUGACCCUCAUGGUCCCUUCCAACUCCACUUCUACGAUUCAAGUGAAAUGCUGGGUUUGAUACCUCUUACUGCUAGAUCAAAACAACCAGCUUUAAAAAAUCAUUAUGGCAUGUUCCAAUCAAUUUACGUCUUGGGUGUCCUAUAGAUGUUAAAUCGGUGGUGCAGGAGCUUCCCAUAGCAGGGCUGUGACAUCUAACGGGAGCAUUGGAUGUUUCAUCAUUAAAGAGAAAAUUGGGCACCCCUUCAGAGGCAGCAAGUCUUCUUUGCACUGCAGCAAAUUAAAAUUGCCCCCAACUAUUAGAUCAUGGGCAAAUAUCUACGUAUGCUGCGGAACCAAGGCAGUAAGCGCCCAGAGUACUGCAAAAAUGUCAGUUAAAAUUCAGAAUGUUAAAGGAGUUGCAGCACAUGCAUUACCUACUCAGCAGUAAGCCCCACUGAGCUCAAAGGAACUUAAAUGUGUGUGGGAUUGCAGCUCUGAAUAACAUCACAGUGCUCAGCCCAUAUACCUUCAGUUCAUUUAAUGAAUUGAUAUUGCCCUUCAACGGGUAUAUCCAAGGCAGAAAAAACAAAUACGUUAUAAAACAAUCAAUACAAGAGAAGGAUUAAAGUAUCUCAUCAAAUUCAAAGCAUGGGAAAAUAAAAUGGGCUGUACCUGGCACCAAAAAGACAUUAAUGCAGGCCCCAGGCAAGCCUCUUGGGAAGAAAAUUCCCUGAGUGAGGCACCAUAAAUAAAGGAAUGUUUUGAUAGCAUGGUAACAUGGUACAUAUUUGGUAUUAUUCUUUGCCCUCUGAUACAAGGCCUUGGAGAGAGCCAAAAAUUGCAGGAAUUUUUUUUUAAAAAGAUGUUAUAUUGGUAUUUAUAGCUGAUCCCCUUGGUACUCAGACUGCAGUGUUUCCAAAAACACAAUAAUCUCACAAUAUAGGACACAAUAAACCCAAAAUACCACUAUAUGUUAGUAAGCUUCAGUGCCUGCAUGCUCUGAGGGUGCUGUAGGGUCAUUGAGGGUUUCUACUCAAGGUAGAGGCUUGCUGCCUUUACAGAAAAAUACUGACAGGUUGGACUAACCCCUGCCUUUUCUGCAAAUCCCUCCCCAAACCUCCCUAAUGAAGAUUGUACAUGUGUCCAUUCCUCUGCUGUUGAAGAAUAUCACUGGUAGGAGAAGGUAACAACGUGGUUUAAUUGGCAAAAGGCAGGCAAACAUGGCUAGUUUCUGUCCAGUGAACAGAAUACAUUUCUGGGCAGGAAAAGGGUAAGGAGGCUCUGCCACAUCCAGAGAUUACAAGGUUCUCUUACACACUAUGGUGGGAAGAUGGACUCUGUGCCAAAUUUUGUUUUUUAGUGUCAGUUUGUCUGAGCCAGAUUUUCCUUCUAUCCUUUAUACUCACUCGCUCUGUGAAAGCACCUGUGAUGCAGAGAUGUUGAGCAAAAUCAUCCUUCCUUUGUCAUGAAGCCUUCACUCAUAGGUGGGAGGAAAUACUUGGCUUGGAAAGAGUGUUUUCUUUGGUAUGCUUCACCCAAGCCAAAUUCUGCCCCUGGACCCUCUGAAUAUUUCAAGGAUGUUGAACAGAAUCAACCUUUCUCCAUUGCCAAGGCAAUGUGGCAAAGUGGUCCCUUGUAAGCCAGUGGUUUCCAUAUGUUCUCCAGUGAAAACUGCAUAUAAACCUACUCAACGUUUUGGGAUCCACUUGUCAACUAAUGCUACCUUUUAAGUACUAUUCCCUCCCCCAACCCCCUUUAUAAUUGCAAAUAUAAGAAUAUCACACCAGUUGCUAAUUCAGGACAUGUCUUUUUUCCUCCAUUUUAGUAUACAUACCUAGGCAGCUUAUACAGUGGUACCUCGGGUUACAUACGCUUCAGGUUACAGACUCCGCUAACCCAGAAAUAUUACCUCGGGUUAAGAACUUUGCUUCAAGAUGAGAACAGAAAUUGUGCAGCGGCGGCAGCAGGAGGCCCCAUUAGCUAAAGUGGUGCUUCAGGUUAAGAACAGUUUCAGAUUAAGAAUGGACCUCCAGAAUGAAUUAAGUACUUAACCCAAGGUACCACUGUAUUUGCAUAGAGGGGAGGCAGCAAAUGAUGCUGUCUCUUAAAGAGGCUGCAUAACAGUAACAGUGUGCUGUCAUGAAAAGGAAACUAGCCCUAGAAAUAAGAAAAGGCCCUUGUCAUGCGAACAUGUUUGGACACCUCUUUGGCACUUCCUACAAAUUGAGAUGCCCUUAUUUGAGUUCAUUAUACUGGGUGCCUUUAAAUUUAUGCUUAGAAGGCUAUAGAAAGCCCAUGAUAUGUGCUGUUGGUGUGAAGUGAUUCCUGGCCCAGAAGCCAUCCAUAAUGUUUUGUACCAGCUGCUGCAGCAGCCUCAAAACAGUCACGAAGGGCAGACUUCUCUAGAAUCUGAUUAGAGUUUAAGAAUGUUGAAUAGCCCUGUCAGAGCAAGAAUACAGUUGAUGAGGCAACCCAGGGCUCCUUUUGAACGUAUAUUAUUAUAGUUGUGCAAGGUUACCUACUUAUGUUUUCCCCAUGUGAUAUUAUGCUCACGUGCGUAAUGAACAGCAUGUGCAUGUGAACAGCAGUAAAUUUAAAGCCUGAUGUGAAACUACACAAAGAAAAUCGAAACCCUUGAAUUCCAGGAUACACUUUCCUAUAUUUAAUUUGUUUUGAAAUUUAAACCCUGCUUUUCUUUGUAAAUUUAAAGCUGCAUUUUAAAAAGUCCAUAAAACAUGCAGAAUCUACAGGACUUUCAAAUGAGGUAGAUUUAGCUGCUUACCAGUGAAAAUCUCAGUUUUACUGUCUUAGAGCACUUUAAGACCUACACGGGUGUGGGAAUAUGUAUUGAAUUUCCUGCCAUCACAUUGAAUCCACCAGUCUUUGGCAAUAUGGGGCCCUGAGUGAGGCCAAAAUUUUGCAUCCCCUCAGCUCAGUGCCCUGUUUGGGUUAACUGCCCACACCCCCCUAAAUCCAGCACUGCCACCAACUCUGGUUUUCAAAAUGGUUGGUCAUCUCUUUCAGCCUGAGUUUGCAAAGAAAUACAAAGUAGAUACUUUUAAAAUAUGUUUGACGGCCAUAUUUCUCUGUUCUAGAUGUGAACGGCUAGAAGAGCAGCUGAAUGACCUGACUGAGCUCCACCAGAAUGAGAUCCUUAAUUUAAAGCAGGAAUUGGCCAGCAUGGAGGAAAAAAUAGCUUAUCAGUCUUAUGAACGAGCCAGAGACAUCCAGGUUGGUGAAAGUGACAAGCAAAUUGGAAGUGGUCAACUGAUUAUAUCAGUUUCCGCUUUAAUUUCCAUUAAUAGUGGAAUCAGAUUUUGUGCCCAGUAUUCUGAAUUACAUUUAUCUCAUUGUUUUUACUGCAGGAGUCUUUAUUAACAGGAGCCAGUUAACCAUCUACAGUACUCUUAACAAAUUUCUGGUAAAAAUGAGUUUCCCAGCCAUCAUAUAAUAAGACUUUCUCCUUCUCAAGAGUCCAAAUGAGAGUUUGCCUCCAUAUUUGAGGGAAGCUAUAAUAAAGCUUUUCCAUGUGUGUUUGGGCCAAAAUGCAGUACUGUGAAGCAUAAGAGUUUUUUUAUAGUAUUUUCCCCAGUUAGCUGAUGGCAGGAUGUGUCUGUCACUAAUUUGAAUCCUAUCUGUACAAAUGUUGAAUUAAAAACAGUAGCUGGCUUUGUAUAUCCCCUCAGGCCUUUCAGGAAGCAACCUAUUCCAUUUUUUCUUUCCCAAAUAAGGAUGUGUUUUGAGGGGGAAGUUUUUGGUCUGGGUAUGUCAAGUAUUUGAAAUUCAGAAGUCUGAAAAGUUGAACUUGGAGAGUUGCAGCUGCAAAAUAAACACCAAGAACAAGUACCCAAGUACAAGUGCCUGACCACAGUGAAAUACUUUCUUACUUGUUUCACAUUCACCCAAGUUAUAAAGCCAAAGUAAUCCCUUACAGGGUUGUUGUUGUUAUUCCAGCUGGGGGAAACAGUGUUCAAAAUUCUGCCACAUAAACUGUCCAGGUGUGUAGUAGUAGUAGUAGUAAUAAUAAUAAUAAUAAUUAUUAUUAUUAUUAUUUAUACCCCACUCAUCUGGCUGGGUUUCCCCAGCCACUCUGGGCGGCUUCCAACAGAAUAUUAAAAUACAAUAAUCUAUUAAACAUUAAAAGCUUCCCUAAACAGGGCUGCCUUCAGAUGUCUUCUAAAAGUCUGGUAGUUGUUUUUCUCUUUGACAUCUGGUGGGAGGGCGUUCCACAGGACAGGUGCCACUACCGAGAAGGCCCUCUGUCUGUGUAGGUUUAGGGUGUUGAUUUUAAAUUAGAGAGGUGCAUUCAACCCCUUCUGGUUCAAUGGUAAUUAUAAUAGCAAUAAAAAUGGUAAUAAUAAUCAUCAUCAUAAACAAUUUUCACCAGCUGUACUGUUGCUACUUCAGCAUAAAUUAAACAUCAGUGUCUGGAGCACUUAUAUUAUAAACUGCCACCAUUGUUGGUCAGGGGUAUGAGACACAAGUAUUCAUGCUGGGAUGUGUGGGGUGGUGUUCAGGCAGGUAGCUGAAAUUGAGCUGGGAACUAGCGUUAGUCUACCUUUCCUGAAGAGCUGUUUCUCUUCAUUCAAUCCCAAAGUUGCACUGUUUAUAACAGUGGCCUGUGAUAUGAAAGCAUGAAAUGGAAAACAGGUAGGAUCCACUGUCCUCUACUAUUACUGAGGCUGAAUCUAUCAUGCCACCAAGGCUUGUGAAAGUACUGUUGUAAAUGCAAUAAGCAACUUGCAUUGUCAUUGGAUCUGCUUGUUUGCAUUGCGAAUUGCCUGUAUGCGCUCUGCACCACGAAGGGAAUUUUUGCUACAGGACAUGAAUCCAACAAGUGUUACUCAUAUCCUGUGCAGUGUGAGUAAGGCUGCAGGAAUGCCUGAGGUAUUGAACUCCCAAACUUUAUUUAGACUCAGGAUAUGCAAAACCAGUUCUUCAUCCGUGUCCUUGGCACCUGAUCCCACUGUCAGCAGACUGGCGUGAUUCCAACCAAAUGUAUCCAGGAACCCACUGCAGUCUUUGACCCAUUUGAGUAGGAAGCAAUACAGAACAAGGCCAGCCUCUCUCCCUUCCCCAUUUUUGGAUGAAACCAACAUGUAUAUGCAUGAGAUAAGGUGUUGUGCAGUUACUGAUCCAUUCUCUUACUCUCAACAGGAGGCACUGGAGGCAUGUCAAACCAGAAUCUCAAAGAUGGAACUGCAGCAGCAACAGCAGCAAGUUGUCCAGUUGGAAGGUCUUGAAAAUGCCACUGCCAGAAACCUCCUGGGCAAACUAAUUAACAUCCUCUUGGCUGUCAUGGCCGUUCUGUUGGUCUUUGUCUCCACCGUGGCCAACUGUGUUGUCCCCCUCAUGAAAACUCGCAGCAGGACGUUCAGCACUUUAUUUAUAGUGGUCUUCAUUGCCUUUUUGUGGAAGCACUGGGACGCCAUCACUGGCUACUUGGAACGGUUCUUUUCUCCCCCUAGAUGA